AUGCGCUUCAUGGCCUCUGCGCUCCUAACCCAGCAGUCGCAGGUGUGGCUGAGCCUCCAAGCCGCUAGCAGUGGCUGCCCAGAGGCCUCGGGGCACCUGCAUUUCCCCCACUGCCGCGAUAGGAAACCCCCAUUUGAAAAACAGUAGGCUGCAACUUCAUUUACACUUGACUAUAAGCACCUUGACUCGACUCCAUCGCCUGGAGUCACAAAAUCAGGGCUCUCAUGCCUGGAGUCUCCAGGUUUUUCCAUGGAGAUCAAGCACCCCAAACCGAGAGCCUCAUGAUGACAAGUCAGAAGGAAGGGACUGUGCACGAUUAGGGAUCUGGGUAAUAUAUUCUCUGGGAAUAUAUCUGAGCUUAUGACUGCUUUACUCGCUCUACUGGAGUGCUGUCUCUCAGUAGGUCCUGUUAAGUUCUGCAAGGACUGGAAUCCUAGGAGAAAGCCUUUUGCUAAGUAGUGGUUGGGAGAACCACAAGCAUUUCACAACAGGUGCGUUGCAGUUAACAGCAAUCAUAAGUUAACUGGUUAAGGGUGUGGAGAGGGGAGGUGAUCAAGCUAUUAUGGGCACUGAUAUGGCAAUAGGUGGGGUGCAGCUCCCCAAUUCUGAAAGCAGGUGGUGCAGAAGCAGGUCACCUACUACUGGUCAUAGGGCUUGCCGCAUUGCCAAACCUGUAAAAGAAUACAGCCCUCACUUUCCUUCCUAACUCCUCCCCCCUCAUGGAGAUGCACUUUUGGGAUAGGUUUUCUCCCUUGAAAAGCACUGCAGCCUCUCCUCGUUAAUAAUGAUUUGUUGCACAUGUGAUUUGCAAAGUGCUUCAUGAUCUUGUGCUGUGUUUGAGUACACCUUUCUCUCUCUUACACAUACAAUCCUUCAUGCCCAUUGACAUCCUACAGAUUUGAGAAGCUGGGGGAGGGUGUGGCUUGCCACAGACUUCCCAAGUGAGCCUGUGGCAGAGGCUGCCUUUCCAAGCCAGCAUCCCAUCUAUUGAAACAGUCAAUGAUUUGCCUUUCCUUCCUGAUGUCUGGGAGGAGCUUCAUCACUGAGUUUCAGUUCUCUGCACUCUAUCCAAGUGUGCACAAGCAACAACCCCUCCAGCCUCUUCCUCCAAGAGGAAACUCUUCCAAACUCAGGGAUGCUUAGAUGGCUUUGGUGCUAGUUACAGGAAAAGCUCCAGGAAAUUAAGGGAGCUCCCAGAGGGUGGAAGCAGCUGAUAUCCCAGCUGAUAUAGAGACAGAAUGGCAGGUGAAGAUGGAUGCAGAGAGGUUGGGCAACCUGGGCUGGAGAAGACUGCCUUGGAAGUAGGUCCCUCCCAACAGGUGAGCAGAGCUGUGGGCAGAAUUGCCACCCCUUCUAGCCCCACCCUGAUCUAACCAUUCAACUCUGCUGCUCCUCACUAGCCCUUGUCCUGCAAAAAAGGACUAGAACCCAGAGCAUCAAAGCCCCUUGUCCCACCCCUCAGUACCAGGCCUUAAAGGCAAAACACAAGUUUCCACACCCCUGCACUGUUGGUCCAGCUAAAAGAAAUGAAAAGAACAGGUCUGCUCUAUUUGGUGUCCAAACCAGCACAGUCAAAGAAUGGGUAGCAAGAGGAAGCUGAUUGCCUCUCAAGACUGCUUGGUGUGAGCGAAUGCCUCUGCUUUCCCAGUGCAGCUUCCCUGGGGAGGUGGGGGAGAGGCUGACCAAACUGGAGCAGCCUUGGUGAAACUUGUCUGACCAGCCCCCUCCUCAAGGUGCCCCACCACACAUCUUGGCAAUUCUAGGGAUGAAGGUGUACCCCUUCCAGGUGGCAAGAGCCAGAGCAUUCUCUUCCUCCACUCCAUAGGCUGCCUAAGACUUCCAGUCUUUCACACUAGUCCCUGCCCCACUCCAGAAAGUAUGAACAUGUGCAGGGCAGAAGUACUUAGCUCCUAGUGCAGGUGAUUAUAACUUGUACUUGACCAGCCCUCUAAGGCAGGUCAAAAUUAAGACCAUUUUAAAGAUGGUGAGCUGGAAUGAAGCGCCAACACUAGAGUUGUGGGUGUAGCACCUGUGGGAAAGUCUGGGCAUCCUCAGGACUGUGGGAGGUCCAGAGGGGAAGUUGUUUUACUUACUUACUUACUUACUUACUUUUACUUACUUUUUUUAUGAAGCUCAACUUUUUCUGUCUCUGCCAGAGACCCAACAAAAUCUCCCUUCCCUCUUCUCAAAAGUUGCUAUUUGCAUUUCAAAUUAUGUUCCUAUGGACACCAACAGAGUCUUAAAAUGAAAUGCAAAGAGCAGUCAGAUGGAGCGAUAUUUUGCCUGCAUUGGCAAGGAAAUAAAGGGUUAAACAUCCCUCCCCAGUCCUAAGGCUGCUGUUUACAUAAGGAAUACGGUAAUAUGUGGCACCAAAGAGCCCAUGGUCAUUUAGGUUCUUAUGUCAUACAUAGGUGAAUCUGUGGCAGGGAUAGAGUUUGAACCCAGGGCUCCCAGACCCAUGUGCAAUUCUCCAUUGUCUGAAGGAAGAGGUGGCUCUCCUUGUGAGUUGGUCUGACUCUGACCUCUGCUCUCUCCCAUAGUGCUCUCUGGCAGGAACCUAAUUCUGGUGCAGCAGGUGUGAGCAUUUGGCUGCAUGGAUCAGGUGCCCAGAUACCUGGAGCUGAUUACUACCAGCAGAGGAAGCACAGUGAGUGUGGUGUUUUGCACCCCAGAUAUGUUCGUUUCAGGGUAGCCUCAACAGAAGGUUCACCUCCCUCCCCCCUUUAUGUUAGAAUUCAGCAGAUACCACCCAUCUGGGCUUGUGAAGGAUUUUGUUUUCCCCCCUUUAGCUAGCACAUGGUUUGGCUUGCUUUCUUGAGGUACCUGAAUCGUCCUCCUAUGAUGAAGACACCUCUUGGGCCAUGCCUUGUCAUCUUCUAUUCAGUACUGUACUGUCCUUUAUAACAUACAGCAGGCUUUUAAAAACUAUCAACAUGAGGCGUUCAUCAUCUUAGGAGGAGACGAAAUAGGUGAGCACAGGACAAAGGGAAGCAAGAAUUACUGAUACAGAAAAGAGGUAUAUUCACAGUCUUAGGUAUUUGCUAAGUCCAGUAUGCGGAUGGAUGCUGACUGUUUUGUGGGGGGUUUUCUCCUGGAGAUUCCACUCCCCACCUCCCCCUGUCCAGAUUAGUAUGUGCUUCCCUUUGUUCUAUGAAGCCGGAAUGCAAAUAGAUUUCUCUCUCUCUCUCUCUUUCUUUUUCUUUCUCCAUGUGUAAGUAAGGGAUCAGGUUGCACUGGGGAUUUUCUGCGCUGGCUGGAAGGAAACUAGCCUGUACCAGUUAGAAUCAACAUUCCAUCUUUGCCACACAGUUGUCUGGAGUGAUUCACCAUAGUGUCUGCAUUCAGGGGGAAAUGCAGAGCAGCAAAUGCAGCCAUCUUUGCCCAUCUUCAGAUUCCAACGCAGCCCAGCCAGCUCCAGUCAACAUACAGCCCCCUCUCAUAAAUGAUGUUCGGCAAAGCAGUCCACUGUGCCCCCUCCCUGGAUACUGUGGCCUCAGAACUUGUGAAAUGACAUGCCAAAUCCGAAAUAAGGGAGUGUAUGAGAGAGCAAUAAUUUAGGUGCGUCAGCAGGAGCAAGAACUCGCAUGAAGAGCUAUGAGUACACCAAUGACCCCCACCCUUGGAGGGAAGACCAUAGUUCAGCAGGAGAACACCUGCUUUCGAAGGUCUCGGGUUCAGUCCUCUGCAUCUCCCAAUAGGGCUGGGAAUAUCCCCCACCCGAAAUAUGGAGGAGAUGCUAUGAGCUGGUGCAGAGAAACCAUCCUGAGCUAGAUGGGCCAAAAGUCAGUGUAAGGCAGUUUCCUAUGUUCCUAUGGACAAAUAAAAAGUUCCCACUAUUCCCUCCCAAGUGGAAAUGCAGGGAGACUAAGGCCUCUGGAAAAGGGGGCUGGAGGAACCACCUGAAACCUGGGCUCUUUCCAAGGCCAGUUGGAGCUAUUCUUCUUCCUGAAGACUCACAGUGAUGGCACUAGCAGACAGGCCAGCUGCAUCAGAAGCCUCUAAGCACCAUGUCUGAACGUGGAAAGCAGAUGGCUGUGGGCCCAGGGCCUUGCAAGUGUCCUCCCAGGGAAGGAGGGAGAUGCACUGGUGAACCCUUCCUAAGAGGCCUGUGGCUGCCUCUGGCAGUUGCUUCAGCAGGGAUCUGGCAGGGCCUGGCUGCUGGCAAGUCAGGGGCUUCUCCUUGGCUCGUGAGCCUUAGGUCCAACCCUGCCUCUCCAUGGCUGUUAACAGCCUCAGACUCUGGAGAUAAACAGCUGAGGGCAGCCAUCACCUUCAUGAAUCACUUGUGAGUGAUCUUUCAGGACUCUGGACUAGUCAGACCCUGGGUCUGAUCUUGCAAAGCAAUCUUAUGUUCCCUCCAAGACCAAGGAGCCAAGCCCUGGAGAGAAUGUGUAUGGAUAGGAGGAAUUUUGUAGCCACCUACAUGCAAGGACGGGAUGCGGGUGGCGCUGUGGGUUAAACCACAGAGCCUAGGACUUGCCAAUCAGAAGGUCAGCGGUUCGAAUCCCCAUGACAGGGUGAGCUCCCGUUGCUUGGUCCCUGCUCCUGCCAACCUAGCAGUACGAAAGCACGUCAAAGUGCAAGUAGAUAAAUACGUACUACUCCAGCGGGAAGGUAAAUGGUGUUUCUGUGCGCUGCUCUGGUUCGCCAGAAGCAGCUUAGUCAUGCUGGCCACAUGACCCAGAAGCUGUCUGCGGACAAACACCGGCUCCUUUAGCCUAUAGAGCAAGAUGAGCGCGCAACCCCAGAGUCGGUCACGACUGGACCUAAUGGUCAGGGGUCCCUUUACCUUUACCUUACAUGCAGGGACAGUGACUUGCUUGGUGGAUGAGACACCUGAGCAUACCUGGGAUCUCCUGGGAGCAGCUGAAUCAGAUGUGGCCUAUGAUAUGACAAUGUGGUCUGUUUCUGUUUAUGGAAGGUGAGCAAAAUAUAUUUAUUCUGCUCACUUUACCCCUGGAGUUGCAUUCUUCCAUUGUCUCCAAGGCAGACUGAUGCACACAACACAACACAACAUGUGAUAAGGAAUCCAUGUGCUGACACUUUGUUUGUAGCUCGAGUAAACUUCUGGAACACCCCAAUUAUUUCAUAUUUUGAAAAUGAUUAGGGGAGUGUUGAUAGGGAUUUCCCCCCAUCCUCCUGCCAGCAAUCCCCCUGUUCUGUCAAGUUCUGAACUUCUGGCUCUAGUGGUGGCCUCAGAUCUUGGUCCCUCCUUCCAGAUUUUCAAAACCCUUUCAGGGCUGAGCUUUCAAACACCUGCCUCAGCCACUCACCUUCCGCUCUCUCCCCAGCAGAACAAAGAGCUCCAUUUCCCUUUGAUUUCCAUGUGUGUGGUGAGUGACAAUAGCAGAGCAAGUCAAGACUGCUCAGGAGAAGACUCUCACAUCUGCUUCAGCUGGUGGGGACGGAUCAGUGACUUUUGUCAGAAGGGAAGUUGCUAAGAAUCGGGUGGGAAGGGAGUUUGACGGCUCCCAUCAGUCAACCCCCCCCCCAACCCAAGCUCAUGCAGAGAAACCAGAGCUGGCCUUGCCUUCAUUGUAAUCUGUGCCAGGUGUCUCUCUGCCUUGGAACAUGGGGAGUAUAUUUGGAGAACGGCAGUGUGUUUCUGAGCAUGUAUUGAGCGACUUUUCCUUUGUCAACAAGCUCUUGCUCAAAAAGCGGGUCUUCCUUAGCUAAAACCUGACCUGUAGCCCAACAGCAAUGGAUACUCAUCUGCCUCUGACGGGCUAGGGGCCAAAAAGCAAAGAGCCCUUCACCUUGGAAAAGGUAUUUUUCUUCCUUGUCAGCCUCGAACUCUUGUCCUGGGGAAAGGGUUGUGUGUCUCACCUGUAGGCCUCCUGCCCAGUGAGCCACAUGGGUGCGGUGUGGCCUCUCCUUCCUUCUGCACAUUGUCCUAAAAAUUGGUGCUUGCGAACUGGAGACUCCAAGUGUCCUGUUAAUUUCUGCCUUUGCCCCAGGAACUCGUGGGGUGAUACACUGUGGUGUUUAGGGGCAGAAUCCUAUCAUGGGGUUGCAUCACCACUGAUGCUAAUGCAUUGGUUCUCUUUGCCUCUAGGGAAGAUGAGAGCAUCUUCACUGCAGUUGGCCUGGGAUUGGUUGCCACAAAUGAAGCUUCCAUGGAUUCCGGGGCUGUGGCCAUCACCGUUGCUGGACACGUUUAGGUAAGCUAUGGGAUAGCUCAGUCGGGAGAUCAUGUGACUGUUAAUCUCAGGGGUCAUGAGUUUGAGCCCCGUGUUGGGGAUAGUAUUUCCGCAUUGCAGGGGGUUGGACUAGAUGACCCCCGUGGUACCUUCCAAUUCUAUGAUUCUAGGAGUUUGUGGGUGCUGUGCCAGUGAUACAGCAGCAUCUCCCUCUGUAUGGUAUUGCUUGGUAAAUCUGCAUUCAUUUGCAUAUGGGAAAAGAGCAGGUUCCUAAACUGGGGGUUGCUCCCCUGGAUCAGUCUUUGCUGCUAGAGGCCCAGGUGACCUUAGCAGCUAAGGGGGUCUUGUGCCAGCUUCAGCUGGUAAAACAGCUACAAAUGUUUCUGGACCGGAAUAGCCUUGCUAGUGUAGUCAAUGUGCUGGUAGCCUCCAAACUGGAUUACUGAUUUGGGCUCUACAAAGGGCUGCCAUCGAGGUAGGUCCGGAAGCUGCAGCUGUUGCAAACUACAAUUGCUUGACUGCUCACUGGAGCAAGGUAAAGGUAAAGGGACCCCUGACCAUUAAGUCCAGUCGUGGCCGACUCUGGGGUUACAGCGCUCAUCUCGCUUUAUUGGCCAAGGGAGCUGGCAUACAGCUUCUGGGCCAUGUGACCAGCAUGACUAAGCCGCUUCUGGCAAAACCAGAGCAGCACACAGAAACACCGUUUCCCCCCUCCGGAGCAGUACUUAUUUAUCUGACGUGCUUUCAAACUGCUAGGUUGGCAGGAGCUGGGACUGAGCAACGGGAGCUCACCCCGUCGCGGGGAUUCAAACCGCCGACCUUCUGAUCGGCAACUCCUAGGCUCUGCGGUUUAACCCACAGCGCCACCCACGCCCCGCUCACUGGAGUAGGAUAUUGCUAACAAGCCGUCCCACUGUUAAAAUAAUUGCACUGGCUACCAGUUAGCUGCUGGGCUGUUUAAGGUGUUUUGGUGCAUAAAACCCUAUACAGCUUGGGAGCAGGAUACAUGAAAGAUCAUGUCAGCACUUGAUCACCGUGGUCUGCAGGCAGGAACAUACAGUAUCUAGUUAGGUGCACCAAAGGUGCAGGCCUAGGGGGGCAAAAAACAUGGCAUCUCUCCACUCUGGCUCCAAGUGGCUAGAAGCCCUCUUGCCCCCUUGCGGGCUCCCUGGGCCACUCCUCUGCUGCUCUGGGUGGUUGGGCGAUGUGUGCAGGCUGCUCUGGGUGCCUUGGCAGAGGAAUCUGGUGGCUGACAUGGGCCUUUGCAGCAACCCUGUGGGGGCCCUCUCCCCAGUCGGCAGGCAUUGCUAUUAGAAGUGUAGGUGGAGUGUUCAGCGGGGCUCAGAGGAAAGAAAGAUGGAGAGUUGCGGGAGGAGGGAAAAGGAAGGAAGGGAGAAAGGAGGAAGAAGGGAAGACAAUGAGCCGAGGGAGGAAGGCAGGAAGGCAGACAGACAGACCAGUGGAAGAUGCAGGGAGGGGGAAGGCAGAGCAGAGCAGAUUUGAACUCGAUGGUCAUGGAGGAAGUGACUGAUGGAGCUCUAAAGGCAACAAAAAGCAAACUUUCUGAGUUUCUUAUCCAUGGUCUCUCCCGGCUUCAGAGAUGCCAAUACAGCUCCUUGCCAAGGUGCAAAUGAGCCUAGGUAUGCCUCUGUCUGCAGGCAGGAGCCUCCUGCAAAUACCAUUUUAUCCAUAGGUCUGUUCUUCACAAUGUAGUAGGUAGGAACUGGGCCUUUAGUGUGGUGGCACCUGCCGUGAGGAAUUCCAUCCUCUUGAAUACUGUAUUAGACAGGCACGUUCUGUUUUCUUUUCAGUGCCUACUAAGCUGAGAUCUUUCCCAGUCUGCAUCUGUGUUACUUGUUUGUUUGUUUGUUUGUUUGUUUGUUUGUUUAAAAACGAUGUUUAAUCACUUGUUGUUUGCUGACCUGGGCUCUUGUGGGAGCAAGGGUGGGAUAUAAAUCAAUAAACAUACUUGACACCGGCAGUAUGUAUUUCACAUGCGUUUCACUUUGACUAUGAAAAUACUUCCCUUGACAUUUGACUUCUUGACUUUGGUAGGGGGGCUCAACUUUCAAGUAAGCACGUUUAGGAUUACAGCCUUAUUUUAAUUGCCAGUUUUUGAUUCUGUUUUAUGGGUGGAAAGCACCUUACCUUCCAGCAACUUGGAGAGGUGAGUGGGGGAGAGCUACUUGACUGGGGAGGUGUGCUGUCCCUCCCAACACCACCUUGGCGGCCUCUUUGGGAGGAUGUCCUGCUGAGCCACUCUGGAAGGGCUUGUGGGGACAAGAGAAACUGUUGCUAUGAAUGGCUCAUUCUUUGUGUGUGUGUAUUGGGGGGGGGGGGUGGAAUCAGCCUGCAGAGUGGAGGAAGAGCCAAACCUGAGGGCAGCAUGCACACCAUUGAAAGCACACUCAGCCACCAUCAGGAUUUAAAGCAGAGAUUCUUUUCCCCAGCCCCACCUGAAGACACCAGGGACCUUCUUGCAUGCAGAACAGGUGCUCCGAGACUAGGGAGAAGAGUCGGUGGAAGAAGAUUGGAAGAUUGGAAGAAAUUUAAAGAUUACUUACAGAAAUAUUGUAAAAUUAAUGAAGGUUAGAAUGAUGACGGAUUGAAGUUAAGUGGUUUCAUGCGGUAAUGGUAUAAAAGAAUAUGGAAAAAUUGGUUUCUAAUAUCUAAAAAUUUAAUGUUAUAAUAUAUCAAGAUUAAAGAUCAGGAUUAAAAAGGAGGGAAAGGAAUCGCUGGACUAACAAAUUGAAAUAGAAUACAAAAGAGGGAGGCAUGAGGAGGUCCGGGAAACAAGUAAAUAUAAAAGAAGUAAUGAAAAGAUGGAAUUGUUUUUAACUGCUUUUUCUUUUUUGUAUUUUGUAUUUUGUAUUUUUCCUUUUUAUUGUUAAUUUUCUUAUUAAUGUGAUUUUUUUCUUUUGAAAUUUUAAUAAAUAUCAUAAAAAAAAAAACAGAACAGGUGCUUGUCCUUCCCCCUUGCAAAGCCCAGAUCCUCCUUCAGCAGGACCCAGAGCGUUGCCUGGGGUUGAUGGCAGCCUGUGUUGCCGCAACUGCAUUGCAUGCAGAUGUGGACAGGGCAACAUCUGCUUGUGUUGCCUCUUCCCUGCUCUUGCACUUUCAACAGCAGCCUGACAUGGGAAAACAAACCAGGGGAAGCUUUUCCAGGAACAGGAAAAAGUGCUGGGAAAAAGCUUCACCUACUUCCUUUCUAUUAAAUUCAUUUUUCUGCACCAGGUUGUAAGUGAAAAGGUAGGAAGACUGGCAGCUGGGUGCAAGGGGGCACUGGAGCCCUCUUCUGUUGCUACGGGUGCUUGAAGUGUGAGAUGGGGGGGGGCGCAGAGGGAGAGCUCAUGACUAUCCACAGCCACUCCCCUCCCUCUCCCUGCAGUUGGAAAGAGGGACACUGUGAAGCGCCCCCUCCACUCCCCCUCUUCCCGUAAUACCUCCAGGCCUCUGCAGGAGGAGCGGAGGAUCAGAGCGAAGAGUCAAGGCAUCUCUCCCUGCCCUGCUCUGCUGCUGCACUGCUCACUUACUGCUUCGGAGGCUGUGGUUUGCCAUUUCCAUGGGAACCAUUAGUUGCUAGGCGACUGGAGCAUCGUCUGCACUGAGCCCUCGCAUCUAAUUAUCCCAUCACAGUGGCUGAGAGGGUCUUGGAGGGAGCAGGGGGAUUAAGUCUUCCACCUCGGCAGAUCUACUGACAACACUUUAGGCACAUUUAAAGGAGCAGCAUGCUUUUUUUUUUUUUACACACACACACCAGCCGUGAUGAUGCUGGAUCUCCGCCUCCUAGUACUUCUUGCUUUUCCCACAAAUUGGACAUUGGAUGGACCCUGGCUUGGCCUUUGCUUGGUUUUUCUUGCUGCAGGCACAGAGCAGCUAACUUUGAAAUAGAAUAUGGCUGUGAAGCCACACGUCCAACCAACAAUCUCAAAACCUUUUGGCUUGGGGGCUCUGCUCCAGUCCAGGCAAGUAGGGGCUAGAUGAAGGGAGGGCACUCUGCACAUCCUCAAAGGCAGUCUCACUUCUGCUGUCACUUUUAGAUGUUCCAGAGCCGAUCCUCCCUCCAGAAAACAAUUGUGAGGCUGACAUGUCAUCCUGGAGCCCCUUGUCUGGUCUCAAGAGUGCUCACCUGGGCACAUGCUCUGCAUCCCCUUCCUGUUACACAUCUACAUGUCACAGGUGAAAGCCAUAACAUUACAGCGGGGAGAUCUCCACCCACAUUCUAGGAGUCUCUUGGGAAGGGAGCUAAAGAGCAGUUUUGUGUUUCUCUGACUCAGGGCCUUUAACCCACAGUUCCUUUCCCACCCUCAGCAGACCCUGGACCUGCUAUCAGGGAGGUACCGGACCCAGGAUCUCUGCAGCAGCCUAGAGACCACUGGCAAAAGGGAGGCUAUUGGCAUUCAGGGCUGGAGAUGCUGGCACAGAGACCCAGAAUGGGGACAAGGGACUGAGAGGAGGCGGCAGCGGCAGAAGCUGCAGGUGGCUGUUCUCUGGCCCUGUCAGGCCUUCCACAUCCCCCCCCCACCUGAUAAUCCGAUUUACAUCCCCUUUUCUUCCACUGAAUCCUCCUGUUGCCAUGGGAACAGGAUUCUCACUAUAUCACCAGCAUCCUAAAGACACCCUUUCCUUGUCUUCUUUCUGCAGAGGUUGUAGAGGCCCCUGAGACCUGGCAGCAGAAGGGUGGGUGGUAACAGGGGCCAAGGGGAGCCCAUGGGGCUGGAGAGGCAAUGAGAGGCCUCCAUCCUCCACCAGCAGAACAUCUGAAACCUGCAGGCUUGCCUCACCUUGCUGCUCUUUGCAAUGAAGCUCACGGAGGGAGGCAGCAGUGAGUGGGCUUUCAAAGGACCCAGACUGGGGUUCCAGCUCCAAAAAGGCCUUUGGGGCCUCAAUCCGAGGGGUAGUUCCCCACAAAUUUCAAGAUGCUUUAUUGACCUGGUUCUCACAGCAAGGAAAAACAGCCUUAAAACUCCCAGAUAUAUGAAAUAACAGUAAGCUUGCCAUGACAGCAAAGCACUUUUAAUGGAGUGUCCGUCUAUGUCUAAACCAGGUAGGUAGCUGUGUUGGUCUGCCGUAGUAAAAAAUAAAUAAAUAAAAAUUCCUUCCAGUAGCACCUUAGAGACCAACUAAGUUUGUUAUUGGUAUGAGCUUUCGUGUGCAUGCACACUGCACACGAAAGCUCAUACCAAUAACAAACUUAGUUGGUCUCUAAGGUGCUACUGGAAUGAUUUUUUUUUUAUUUUGUUAUGUCUAAACCUUCUGCUUCAGUCCCCGAUCAUCUCCCCACCCCAGCAAGAACAAGAUGCCAGAACCUGCCAUGAUUUCCUUCUGCCCACAUCACACCUGGAAGCCACUUUUUCUUUUCAGGUGCGCUGGGCCUGGCUGCUCAAUGAGGUCAGAAAACCACUCUGCACCCGCUCAGAGGCACCUUUAUUUAUUUCAUCCGUUGCCCGGCUGGGACCUGGCAUUGCCAGCAGGCUCCGCUGGGUGUGUGUUCUGGCUCCGACGGGACGCACCAGCAGCUGCCGGUGGGGAAGCCGCUCCCUUCCCCGCCUGGGGGUAGCAGCGCGGGGCAGACGGCGGAGCCGCGGCUAGCCGAGCCUUGGGCGCCAGGCGGCGCGCUCUCUGCCUCCCUUCAGUCCGUUGGGUGCUGCUCGACUCCGCUGGAGGGAGCGGGGGCCCGGCCUGGCCGCCAAGGAAUGAGCCGCGCCUCAACAGAGGCUGCACCACGGCAUCCCGAGAGCCCGGAGGCGUCACAGGAAGGCUCUUCCUGCGGGUCUCCCGCGGCCGCCCUAGCGGGCUCCGCUCUUGCACGGAGGGAGGGAGGGAGAGCGCAGCUGCAGGCGCCCGCCGCCCGCUUUACUGGCGCGGCUUUGCCGACGUCUCCGGGCCCGACCUGGGAGGAGGGCGUCCUGUCAGGAUAAGAGUCCCAGCUAAGAGCGCCUGCCAAAAUUUCCUGCGCCGGCCGAGCCCGCAAAUACUCGGGAGGACUCGGGGUCCCGCCCCGUCUCUUUCCCGCGACCGGGCAGGAAAGCAGCAGCCAGGCAGCCCGGACUCCUGGGUUCCCCGAUUAAGUCACUCGCUUCCCUUUUCCCACCCGCCACGUGCGCCGCCGUCCCUGUUUAUCUUCGGCACAAAACAGCGACGGGCAGCCGGAUCUCUGGGUAUUUAAAGGGUUCCGUCACUUUCUAAAGCUGCCUUUCUCUUUCAACACACCGCGCACCCCAUGUGUCCACCAAGUCAUGUCCACGCGCUAAGCCUGGCUUAUAAACGACCUGGAACCACACUUGUAAUCACACUUGCGUGGUUGGUUCAAGGAUGUGACGCCGUCACUCGUGAGAAAAGGCUUUCCUUCGCCCUGCCUCACAACACGUGCAGACUUUGAUCGCUUCCUUAAGCUGGAUCCUUGGAGGCGCCUUCUAACGACGGGGCGCGCACGUGCCCUCACUCUCCUCCAGGGCCCGCGCGCGCCAAUGAAACAGGGCCGUCGAACACCCAGCCUUUGCGUUUGUCCCCAAAAUUUUCGGACAUUCGACAUCUAGCAGUCCGAGCCAAGUGCGACGACGAUGGGGGGAAGCCCCAAGCGGUCCUUCCGACGGCCGAGCUCGCUUUGGGCCGCCCACUGAGGAGAGCGGCCGGGAAUCGCUCGGGUGGGCUGAGCUUGUCCUCCCGCCUGCGACGGCUUUGCGCAAGGCAGGCGGAUGGUGACAGCAACCGCUUCGGUGGCCCUUCCAGCCAGCCGUGGGCUACUGCGCUCCGUAGAGCGGGCGGUGCUUGGUGGCGGCCAAGGGCGCUGCAGCUUGCAGUCCGUCGAGGAAGCCAGCCUGCUCGCUUGCCGCCGGUGGCUCCCAGGUGGAGCGCCUUCUACCAAGCAGGAGUACGGGGCGGCGCCUCCUCUGUCUGGGCAGUUGUGCCGGUCCUGGGGGCGCCGAAUUCGUUGCUCGCCCGCCCGCCCUUCUCGCUGCCAGCCGGGUGCUGGUCGCCGACAGGCCGCUGGGAGGCCUCGUCGAAGCGGAACCAGGAGCAGGAGGAGGAGGAGGAGGCGGCUCUUAUUUUGACACGGCGGCGUCGGCGCCUGCCUGGAGUAGCUCCUCGUCUGAAGCGGAGCGAGCGCUUCUCUUCCCCCCAAAUGAGCAGUCGGAGGCGGGCAGAGGCAGGCGGACGCGGCGGCGGGCGCUGCCCGUUGGCACCGGCGGCGUCUUCUGGGCAGGGCGAGGCCGGGCCAGGCGCAGCGGCAGCGCGAAGGGGCGACGCGGGAGCCGCCUCCGCGGCGCGGCCCGGCAAGUGAAAGCGAAAGAGGCGGCCCGGCGGCGCUGGAGGAAGAGGAGGAGAAGGGAAGGACCGGCCGCCGCCGCCGCGCGUCCCGCCUGUGCCCCCGCCUUGCCGAGCAGCAGCAACCGCGGUGCUCCUGCGGCGGCCAUGGGCGAGCCCCGCGGCGGCCUCUCCUGAGCAGGUAAGCAGCGGCGGAGCGCCCUGGGCCGAGCGGGGCAUUGUUUGGAGCCGCGGUGCCAGGCGAGCGCCGAGCAGGCUGCUUGCUUGCAUGCUUGGGCCGCGCCUGGGCUGCCUCGGCGGGCCUCGAGCAGCCCGAGCCCGGGGGCUGCCCCCGAGACGGCGGCGGGCAAGGUGAGGCCUUCGUGCGUGGCCUCUGGGCACCGUCUGCUCGCAGGAAGGAGGCCUGCGCGUCGGGGCGAGCUGCCUUGGGGACGUGACUCGUCCCUCUCGCAGGCAAGACGGGACAGAGCUCCUGUUGCUGCGGCUCCGCUGGCAGCGGCAGGGGUGGCUGCUUGGCUCCCGGCGUGGUCGGGACGGGGGCAGCGUGCCUGCUCCCCUGCCUUUCGGUGCGAGCAACCGGCCACUGUGGAGGAGCUCACCUGGCGCUCCUUAGGGCAACGAUGGCAAUGGUGCCAUUGGCUGAGACCCUCGGAGGGGAAGCUGCAUCUUGGCAGGAGGUUUUGCAGGGGGUUGCGUGUGGAGCUCGGGAGAAGAAAUCAGGAAAGCCUUUGGGUGCCAGAACCUGGCCCUGUCUUCCCCAGAUGUUGAACUCAAACUCCUCCUGGCUUCUGGUGGGUGUUUCCAGGUGGGACUAAAGCCCUCCUGUGAUAAGAGCCAUGUGGUUGUGGUGUCCAGCAGUGCCCUUUACCACCAAAUCCCAUGUAGUUUUUUCAUCUUCUGCCCGGAGGAUCUCUCUCCUGCUGGCCUUCCCAACAAGAGGAACCAGCCCUGGGCAAGGUCUGUUUGUGAGCUUCCUUGGCGUGCCACUGCCAUGUUGGGCCUGGAACAAGCCACGUGGUUGUGUGUGACUUGAACAGAGCAGUGGUGAUGUCUCUGUCCAGGAGCCCUCUUUGACCUCUGAAUGGAGAGGCGCCUGGCACUUAUUUCCUGGCUGUAGGCGGGGGCGGGUUUGGAUUGUGAUCUUCUGCCUGUGAGAACAAGCUGUGUCUUGGUGCGCUACCAUAAACCUCACAAGUCUGGAGCUGAGGGAUGGCUUUGAAAUGUUUUAACAUUUUCCCUGGCAGUUGGGGCAGGUGACCUGUUAGGGGGAUGGUCUCUGGACCCAAGCAAGGUGGUUUCAGGAAUUGACCCAGUUGAAGGUAGCUGCUGCAUGGAGGAGGCUGACUCGGAGUCAUGAAACGGGCCAGCUCUUGGGUUGCUAGGCUGGGCCUGGGGGCCACUGCGGUCCCAGGCUGCCAAAACUGUCUUGGCAGCCUGACUUGUAAUGCCACAGAGUUCUUGCCUUCAUACACCUGGGCUAGUUGUAUGGGUCAAGAAAAAGCAGAGAGGUUAUCGGUUUCCCCUGCCAGGCUACCUGAAGGCUCUUAUUGCUUUCUGCAGGUGACCAACCUGGAGGUGACUGGCAAGUCUGCUUUGGGCAACUGGGCUGCCUGAUUUGUGCUUUCGCCUCUGCUUACACUGGGGUGUGAUUCCUUCCUGGCAGAUUUGGGCAGGGUGAUCCAGAGUAAGUUCCACAAUGUUCUGGGAGUCUUCCUCUCCCCACACUUUGCCUGCACAGGAUGAUUGCAGCCCUAGGUGGCAGGCAGGCACUUGCAGGCUGCUAGCAGCGGCACAAAACUUCCAACUUCCUGGGAAUCAUCUGGCUUCCCUCCACUCAUAUCUUUAGCCUGUUUCUCUGCCCUUCCCCCACACCCUGUGGUGUCAAGGUGCUGCUUCUGCCACCAGGGAGGUGGUCUGCAGACAAGGCUGCUUAUUGGCACUAGCUAGUCAUCUGGUCAUAGGUUCAGGAGUGCCAGCGAUAGAGAGACAUGCACCUGAGAGAUGCAUCCACGAAUUGCAUGUGACGCUGUGGGGUCCUGGGGUGCACCUCUCAGAUUGUGUGGCCCCACUCUUUGCAUAACCAAAAAGCCUUGGCCCAGCCUUGACAGGGAUGUUGGAUGGGCUGGGUUAGCCUACCUCAUUAUCUACCUCUUUAUUUUGGUAGAUGUGGCGGGGGGGGCGAGGGGAGCAGAAUUCCAUUUAGCCAAAUGGGCACUGUGGCUGUUGGUGGUGAGAGAGACCUGUCCAUGCUACAGCUGGUGCUUUCCAGUCAUCUGGACUCAUAGGACUGUUGCUAUUCUCUGGAUCACUCAUGCUAAUGAUCUCUCACCUGGCACUAAGGAGGGUGCUGCCUGUUCCAUCUUCAGGACUCUAAAGGUGCCCUGGCAGGGAGCAUAUCCGGGACUGAGCUGUAAGGCCUUGUGGGUGGCCAUGUGCACUGUUUGCUGAGCCACAGGCUCUGUUUGCUGAAUGUCUGAGGACAGCAUCCCCCCCCCUCUCAAUUCCUUUGCAUGUUCUCUUUCUUGGCACUGUUUGUAGCAGACACUGUGUGUCUCCUGGUAUUGGGUUGCCUCUCCUUGGAAGCGGCUGCAUGCUUAGGCUUUGAGUGUCUUUCCAUUGUGCCCCCUCCUGUCAUGGGCUGGACCAAGUCCCUCUGCCACUGAACUCCUGAGAUUCUCCUGGUCUUGUUUUCUGCCUCUAGCUGUGGGGUUGUAGACUGCAGCCUCCGCCACACACAUGCCUCUGUGGUGUGAAGAUGAGCAUUUGGCUUUGGGGAAGGGGUGCUGAGGCUAAAACAAUGAAGAUGUGAACUGUUGAGCAAAGUGUGUGAGCUUGCUCCAACUGCUAGGCACAACACACUUGUCCCUGCAGUAUAUAUUGGUUAAAACUCAGAAACUGGCCAGGAGCAUGGGAGUGAGAGGUUGAAAGGUGGUUGCUUUUUGUCCUUUUCUGAUCAUCUUCUUGAUCUUCUGCUUUAGGCCCAAGCAGGCAGCCUAAGUGGGACUUGGAGGGCUAAAAACCUGGCUGGCAUUUUUGGAUUUCAGCAGUAGCUAAUGAAGGCAGCAGUUUCCUUUGCUUUCAGCUCAAAAUUGCCCUGACCCUUCUGCCUUGACACUUCAUGGAUUCCUGGGUUUCUGUCUUUGCUGUCUCGGGGAGAAUUUUAGUGCACCUCUUUCCCUUCUCCCCACCUUUAUUGGUAGGUUUGUUCUUGUGUUGAUCUUCAAGAGGGGAGCAGGUAGAAUUUGAUCCAGGGAAUGGCUGCAAAGGGGUUCCUUACUCUGCUGGGGUGGUUCAGCUGUUGAAUGAUACUAGGGUGAUAUCCUCACUUCCAGCAGGAUACUCCUUGCCCAAAGGGCUGGGUAAAAACUCUUUGUGGAGAAGGAAGGGAUGUAAAGAGCUGGCUUGUACUAAAUCAGACCCAUUGGUUCAUCCAGCUCAGUAGUGGCUGGCAGUGGGUUCCCCAGAGUUUUAGGAUGGGACAAACUAAGAUGCUGUACCACUGAGCCUUCGAGACAGGAUGUAUGUGCCCUCCCAGCCAUUGAGUAUGGGGACUGAUGGAAUUCCAUUGCUACCUCUGUUGCACCUGGAUUCCAAAUUUCUGCAGGCAUCUUGUGAUAGUGCUCCUCCCGCAAAUGUGGCUGGGCCUCACCCAGAGCAGGCUGCCUCCUAUUGAGACAACCAGGAGGAAGAGGAGGAGGGGGAAAGAACCGUUUGCCAGCUGGGCUUUGGCCUCAGGGUGUUGCUGUUGGGUGUUGGGCAAGACGAGUUGAGCCUGGCUGGAACUGCCACGGCUGCACCAGUGGCCAGCAGCGGUGGGUUGAUGGGCUGAAAGCAGCUUGUGUCCUGCCUGCCUGCUUGACUGUGGCCUGGUUUGAACUCCUCCCUGGCAAAGGAAUCCACUGGGCCAGGCAGGCAAGCCGAGCUCCCACCAGCCCAAACAGGAGCUGCCACCUAAAGUCUCUGGGGCCUGGUGCAAUGCCCAGCAAAUCAGCGUUGCUUGUGGAGGUCUCUGCUGGGGGUGGGAGCCGUGAAGAGUAUGUGUAUGUGUUUCUUGGGGGGGGGGGGAAUGUGCAGCUUGGAAUCGGCUCUUUGCAUGGCAAGAAAAGUGCUGAGUCGAGGCUUUCCAAGCGACUGUGGCCAAAGCCCAGCUUGGCUGCCAGAAGCAACAGAGCUGGAAUUUCCUCUGCCGGGUGCCAGCUCAUCUCAGGCUGGCCAAUGUGUCUGCGACAGGGCCAGGGUGGGGGGGGAGGAGGGAGGGGGGCUCCUGGAAUGGGAGGGGGGCUUGAUGAGAAGCCAAGGACUACCCCCCUCCUCUUCUUCCUCCUCUUGCUUUAUGCCUGGUUCUUAUUUUCUCUCCCAGGACUGAGCUGUUUUGCAUUAGGAGGAGGAGGACAAGGCUGCCUCCCUCCCUCCUAUUCCUGCCCUGCUCCAGGGGCUCCCCAUGCAGCUGCUAAUGAGCUGAGCCUCCUCGUCUUCUCUCUUCUAACCCCCCCCCCCCCAUCUUUGGCUUCACUUGGAAAAUUUUACAGCCUUUUUCUGAAGGGAGGAAAUGCCAGUAACGGCUGUCUCUUGUUUUUAUGAGGGGGUCCCAGCUGAAAGGGGAGAGACCAGGGUGGGGGCUAAUGUAGCCCAGCCGCUCCCCGUUCUCAAGAACCGCUUCUAAUGAGAAGCAAGGCUAUACUGGUUUUAUGGAUAGGAUCCUGGCCACAGAAGUGAUGGAGACUGGUGCGUGGGUGGGUGUCCGCCAAGGGAGGGCAGCGUUCUGGGUGUCAGCCAGCGACCUGAGACCCCUGCCAGUAGCUCAGUUGGUUAGAGUGGGUGCUGAUAACACCAAGGUUGCAGGUUUGAUCCCCUUAUGGGACAGUCUCAUAUUCUUGCAUUGCAGGGGGUUGGACUGGAUGACCCACGGGUUCCCUUCCAACUUUACAAUUCAAUGAUUCAAUGUUGGAUUAAAGGAGUAUGGAGCAGGGAUGUGAUGCUCUAACACAGAGUUUAGGGACGCUCUUUGGACCCUUCACAGGGGGUUGGAGGCUCAUGUUUGGAUGAGUCACACAACUCUUCCCGGAUCUUUCAUAAGUUUUAACUCUUAUCAGCUUCACAUCCAUUUCAAGUCGCCAGCCUCCUUCCCCAUCUCGGACUUGCUUCUAACCUCUGUUACGGUAGUUGGUUAUGCUCCCCUCUGAAUCUUCAGCAGCCUCUUCCGGGGGGGUGUGCCCUCAGUGCAGCAUGGUGGUACCAGCCCCUUAGCUGGUGCUUAAAUGAAGCAGCUGCCACUAACUUCCAGGGCUUUGAAGAGGUUGCUCCGGCUUGGGCAGCCUAGAACGGAACCCGCCUUUGGGGCUGUCAUCUCAGUUUGUUGUGGCUCUCCUCCCCUUCAUUGUGAAGAGGCCAGGCUGCCCCUCCCAGCUGCCCCAACAUGCUACCUGGCUGACAGAUGGAUGUAUUUGAGCAUGUGCAGGUACAGCAUUUGUAAGGAGACACGGUGGCUAGCAGCCACACAAACCUCUGCAGCAGGGUUAGAAAUUUGCCAGGUGCCAGGCACAUUUUGAAUGUGGCUGUUGGCCACUUGCGACCAAGUGAAGAUGCCUGGGUGCCAGGAUGUCUCCAUCAUCUCGACGUGCAUGCCUGGGGAUCCUUGGAUCUCAACUGUUUUCACACACUAGCAGCACAUCCUGUAGAAUUCUAUCUGAUAUUUUAUCUGCACAAUCGGGAUGAAUUUCAGGAACCAAAAGUCGUAUUGAAAAAUAUGACUUAGGAGCCGCCUGGCCCCAAAAUGGCAGCUAGGCAUUCCGUUUUGGUGACUGUAACCCUGGUUUAAGGAACCAUUUGGUGCCUAUCUUAUACAGUGGUACCUCGGGUUACAGAUGCUUCAGGCUACAGACUCCGCUAACCCAGAAAUAGUACCUCGGGUUAAGAACUUUGCUUCAGGAUGAGAACGGAGAUCGUGUGGUGGCGGCGCGGUGGCAGCGGGAGGCCCCAUUAGCUAAAGUGGUGCUUCAGGUUAAGAACAGUUUCAGGUUAAGAACGGACCUCCAGAACGAAUUAAGUUCUUAACCCGAGGUACCACUGUAUAUCUAAGUUGCUAACACCUCUCUGCAGACAGCAAAUAACCACAAGGGGGUGUGUGUUGUGUGUGUUGUGUUGGAUCACACGGAGGGGCUUGAUAGUUUGGUGUGUCCUGUGGCCCACCUUGAUUUUAUUGUUUCACCUUUUUGUAAGACCUUUAAGGGUUUUGUUGUUGUUUACAAUCAAGUGGUAUAUAAAUUUUAUGAAAUAAAUAAUAGGGGCAGGUUGACUUGACCCUUAAUUGUCUUGAGCUUCUGGAUGGCUGCUAAUGAAUUGAGGUUGAAUCCUGACAAGACAGAAGUACUAUUCUUGGGGGACAGGGAGCAGGCUGGUGUGGAGGACUCCCUGGUCCUGAAUGGGGUAACUGUGCCCCUGAAGGACCAGGUGCGCAGCCUGGGAGUCAUUUUGGACUCACAGCUGUCCAUGGAGGCACAGGUCAAUUCUGUGUCCAGGGCAGCUGUCUACCAGCUCCAUCUGGUACGCAGGCUGAGACCCUACCUGCCUGCAGACUGUCUCACCAGAGUGGUGCAUGCUCUAGUUACCUCCCACUUGGACUACUGCAGUGUGCUCUAUGUGGGGCUAUCUUUGAAGGUGACUCAGAAAUUGCAAUUAAUCCAGAAUGCAGCAGCUAGACUGGUGACUGGGAGUGGCCGCCGGGACCAUAUAACACUGGUCCUGAGAGACCUACAUUGGCUCCCAGUAUGUUUCCAAGCACAAUUCAAAGUGUUGGUGCUGACCUUUAAAGCCCUAAACGGCUUCGGCCCAGUAUACCUGAAGGAGCGUCUCCACCCCCACCAUUCAGCCCGGACACUGAGAUCCAGCGCCGAGGGCCUUCUGGCGGUUCCCUCACUGCGAGAAGCGAGGUUACAGGGAACCAGGCAGAGGGCCUUCUCAGUAGUAGCGCCUGCCCUGUGGAACGCCCUCCCCUCAGAUGUCAAGGAAAUAAGCAAAUAGCCUGAAGGCAGCCCUGUUUAGGGAAGUUUUUAAUGUUUAAUGCUGUAUUGUGUUUUUAAUAUUCGAUUGGGAGCCGCCCUCAGUGGCUGGGGAAACCCAGCCAGAUGGGCGGAGUAUAAAUAAAUUGUAAUAUUAUUAUUAUUAUUAUUAUUAUUAUUAUUAUUAGUCUGGCUUUGCAGUUUCAGGCUGUUUUGAUUGCAGACGCGCUUAUCCCAAACAUAGUUAACAGAAUCCGUCCCAUCUUUGCACAUACUGUAGACAUUCCUCCAGGGCUCUCCUCCACUCCAGGACUGAUUGAUGUGGAACCUCCAAUAGAUGCCUCUCUGUUGGGAUGGUACUGAGGCAUAGCUCUUGGUUUUGUUUUUAAACCAAUGCAGCAAUUGUGGUGAUUGCUUGGAGUCCACAGUUCCCCUGCAUUCUGAGGCAGAUGCCCUGGAAGGCUUGGUCAACAAUUGGCUAUUGGCUGCUGAACUAUUUAGGCCUGAUCUUCUCUGUUGAUUAUUGUCAAGAGCUCUAGGCUCCAAAUGCAGAUGAAGGCCAGCUUGCAUGGCUUAAACUUAGAGAUAGGAGAGAUUUAGGAACUCAGUAAGUCUUUCUUUCUCAUAGUAUCACUAAUGUUAAUUAUUUCUCAUUAUAAAGCUAUUGAAAUUAUAUGUGGCUCUUCCUCUCCUUGUUGGGAGACAAGCAUUCUGUUGAACUAAGAAACAAGCCUGGGGAGGGGAGGACUUGUUCUGAUGAGGUGGAAGAAGGCUAUGUGGGUGGUGCUUUAAAGUCCUCCAAGAGUUGAGGAAUCUUUUUCCCCCCCAGUCAUGCCAAUUCAGGUAAUCGGAGGCUUCCGUCAGUUAAUCAAAGCAGUUUGAUCAAUCAAAACUGGCAGCUGCAUUUCUAAGCCUUGCGUGUCAUGCCUGCUUUGUGAAUUCUCCCUUGUUGGGAUACUGACUGAAAGCCGACCUCUGCUUAGCCACCUCUUUGUGUCACACAAUGCACAGGUGACCGGGCUGCCCACUGAUGGCAAGAACAACCUAGCAUUUCUUGCUGGGAUGGGGAGUGGAGACUACAUUGAUCUUAAUGUCUUUUUUGUGGAUUCCUCCUCUGUAUAGCACUGGGUUCAACCCAGUAUGUUGCCAGUGCUAGUGUAGCAGCAGGAGUUGUACUUAACAAAUUUACGUUAGCCAUUAUGAUGUCUUUCUAUGUUGAGGUCCUGCAUUGCAGGGGUUGGACUAGAUGACCCUCAGGGUCCCUUCCAACUCUGCAAUUCUGAUUCUAUGGUCUCUGGCUCCUCUCUCCCCGCGUUCCUUCCAGCAUGCCUUUGGUAUGGCACCCGUUCUUCAUAAGUUGCGCCUCUGUAAGACAGACAGAGUUUCUGAGGUGUACCUAGCAUGGGCUGAGAUUGAGGAUUUGAUGAGAGACUUUAGGUGUAUUUGCACAGCUCACUGAUAUGUAGUAUCUCCUAGGGCCAAGGUCUUCUGAUUGCAAGGGGGAGAGUUUCUGAAGGGGAGUACCAUCCUCCUCCACUGGGUGUGGGUCAGGAGGCAGAUUACGGGCGGGUGGCGUUGUGGCGAGGGGGUCUGGGGGAGGCAGCUGCUUGAAUGCUCUGGCACAUAGCUGUAGAAGCCCACCCAUGCGCCACCUCUUUCUCCCCUCCUGCAGUUCAAAGUAACAUUCACGCCAGAACACAGCAGGGAACGAAACAGGCAGCUGGGCAAAAAGGAUGCAGAGGACUUGAGCGAAUGAGCCAAACUGCAACCUGCAUGGAGGAGAUUGAGAAGAGGGUGGAUUUGGCAUGUGUUGUGUUUGUGAAUCACAGUGGCUCUGCUCAGCUGCUUGGUGCUGCUUGCAGCGGCAACCUGGGAGCCACAGGUGAGAUACUUGCAGAAGGAAGAAAUAAAAUAAUAAUAAUAAUAAUAAUUUAUUUGUACCCCGCCCAUCUGGCUGGGUUUCCCCAGCCACUCUGGGCGGCUUCCAACAAAGACCAAAAAUACACUAAAAUGUCACACAUUAAAAACUUCCCUGAACAGGGCUGCCUUCAGACGUCUUCUGAAUGUCAGAUAGUUGUUUAUCUCUUUGACAUCUGAUGGGAGGGCGUUCCACAGGGCGGGCGCCACUACCAAGAAGGCCCUCUGCCUGGUUCCCUGUAGCUUUGUUUCUCGCAAUGAGGGAACUGCCAGAAGGCCCUUGGCUCUGGACCUCAGCGUCCGGGCAGAAUGAUGGGGGUGGAGACGCUCCUUCAGGUAUACUGGGCUGAGGGCUUUAAAGGUCAACACCAACACUUUGAAUUGUGCUCGGAAUUGUGCCAUGAUGAGGAACUUGCCCUGGAGAGCCGCAGCUUGGGCAACCUUUGGGGUUCCACCUGGUGUGUCUCUGUGUGUGACUUUUUAUCCUUGGGUUGGGUGCGUCCCUGAACCCACUAGGCGGGCUCUGUCCUGUUAUGCCACGCACUGGCAGAGACACUCUGCUCUCUCAAGAGUGUUGGGAGAGGCAGGGUCUGAAGUGCCAAGGCUUUCAGCUGGGCAGAGGCCGGUUGGUCUGGCCCACCCAAAGUGCCCUUUGGAGCUGAUCUCUUUGUAGCUCGGCUUGUUUUUCUGCCUGGCCGGGGAAGGGGGUGGGUGGGCAGUGACUGCCUCCCACAUCUCCUGUGCUAUAAAAUGGAGCAUAGGGGGGUGUUGUUCUGUCAGCUCAAGAGGCUUUCCCUCUGUGAAAAGAAGCCGGAGGGGAGGGAAGUGGGACUGGCCAGGCCAAGCCAGUCUGGCCGCUUCUGCUUUCCAGGGGUGGGAAUGCUCCCAAGCCCCCCCUCCACCCCGCUGCCUUCCGGGCCUCUCCUCCUGCCCUUUGUGUGUUCUGCAGGCGCAGGGGCAGAUGCCUGGCUGCCUGCAGAGGCUGCGGUUCUCUCCGGCAUCAGCUGCUCCCAGUCGUCGUGGAUGAGCGUCAGGCAGAGGAAGUGCGCUGCCCUGGGUGGAGGGAGGCCUCGCGCCAGUCCCCCCUCUCGGGUCUCGCCUCUUUCCUUCUGUCAGGAAUGCAGCUUGGGAAGGCAAUUUGAUUUGGCAGCUGAGGCGAGCCCAGCAGUGAGGGACAGGGUUGGGGGCGGGCGGGCAGCAGGCAGCUACUGCUGCAAAUGUGAGCACACAUUUUGCAGAACUGGACCAGCGGCAGCGGUGCAGGCGGCUGCUGCUCCCAGUGGGGCAGGAUAGGGAGUGCUGGAGCUCCACCCGCUGACCACUGGAAGCCCUCCUCUCUGGAUCGCAGCUCUGUGGCUGGGGGGUGUGUGUGGAUUUCCUCAGGGUCUGCCCACAAGGUUUCCCCCCCCCCCAUUUUUGCAGCCUUCAGGGUGGUUCAACACCUCCCUUUAAAGGAACACACACACACAUACACACACACAGAGAGAGAGAGAGAGAGAGAGGACUCUUGGGAUGCUCCAUUCCGUCCCAGGUGAUUCUCUGGCUUGCAUAGUGCAGUUUGUGAUGUGCCAUUCCUGCUCAGCUAGGGCUGGGGCCUGAGGCUUCUGCUGCCUGGUUGAGGGAAGCGGGAAGAACCCUACUUUCAGGUAGGGGGCAUGCUGUGUGGACUACAGUGGGCAAGAGAACCAAGUACCUUUCCUUCCUGGCUCCUGCUCUGCUUUGGAAAUCAGCUGUCAGCUCUGAGCCACCUGCACCUGCUGCUGUUACCAAUUUUCUGUGGCUGCAGAGCAGGUUGGGUUGGGUCAUCCUGAAUGCAGGUUAUCUGUGCCUUUCCCAGGGUGCUCCCUCUGGAGGUGCUGUCAGAAAGCCUUGCCAGCAGUGCGGUUCAACCCUGCUCACCAGCAGUUCCUAACCCUGAUGGAUAUGUUUUGCCUCCACUGUCAGAGAUGGCAUGCUUCUGAAUACAGUGGUACCUUGGUUCUCGAACUUAAUCCAUUCCAGGAGUCCGUUAAGACUCCCGAAACCAUUCGAAAACCAAGGUGUGGCUUCCGAUUGGCUGCAGAAGCUUCCUGCACUCAAGCGGAAUCGCAUCGGACGUUCGACUUCCGAAAAACGUUGGCAAACUGGAAAACAUACUUCUAGGUUUUUGGCGUUCGGAAGCCGAUUUGUUUGACAGCUAAGCCAUUCGGGAACCAAGGUACCACUGUACCAGUUUCUGGUUAGCCACUGUGAGAACAGGAUGCUGGACUUGAUGAGCCUUUGCUCUUCUUGUGUUCUUGCCUGCCUGGGAAGAGAUGAUCUUAGGCAGUGGUGCUGUUAAGUCAUUUUAAACUCUAGACUAGAUAGUCUUAUGCGACAUCCCCCUUCCAGGGUUAGAAACUCAGAUAUAUAAGCUAGGUGCCAGGUGACUCCUUAAACCAAGGUUACAAUCGCCAAAAUGGAAUGCCUAGUUGCAAUUUUGGGGCAAGACGGCUCUAAUGUCUUAUUUUCCAAACAAUAGACUGACAGCUUGAUUCUCAGUUAAACGUUUGGUUAGUUCAGAUGACAAUUUGAGCUAGUUAAGAACUUAAAGAAGAAAAGUCGCUUGAUCCAAGGGCAGCCCAAACAUAAAACUGACCUGUUACAGUGUUGACUGCUCCUGCUCAAGCUGCACUGUUGUUGUUGUUGUUUAGUCGUUUAGUCGUGUCCGACUCUUCGUGACCCCAUGGACCAGAGCACGCCAGGCACUUCUGUCUUCCACUGCCUCCCGCAGUUUGGUCAGACUCAUGUUUGUAGCUUCGAAGACACUAUCCAACCAUCUCGUCCUCUGUCGUCCCCUUCUCCUUGUGCCCUCCAUCUUUCCCAACAUCAGGGUCUUUUCCAGGAGUCUUCUCUUCUCAUGAGGUGGCCAAAGUAUUGGAGCCUCAGCUUCACGAUCUGUCCUUCCAGUGAGCACUCAGGGCUGAUUUCCUUAAGAAUGGAUAGGUUUGAUCUUCUUGCAGUCCAUGGGACUCUCAAGAGUCUCCUCCAGCACCAUAAUUCAAAAGCAUCAAUUCUUCGGCGAUCAGCCUUCUUUAUGGUCCAGCUCUCACUUCCAUACAUCACUACUGGGAAAACCAUAGCUUUUACUAUACGGACCUUUGUUGGCAAGGUGAUGUCUCUGCUUUUUAAGAUGCUGUCUAGGUUUGUCAUUGCUUUCCUCCCAAGAAGCAGGCGUCUCUUAAUUUCAUGGCUGCUGUCACCAUCUGCAGUGAUCAUGGAGCCCAAGAAAGUAAAAUCUCUCACUGCCUCCAUUUCUUCCCCUUCUAUUUUCCAGGAGGAGAUGGGACCAGUGGCCAUGAUCUUCGUUUUUUUGAUGUUGAGCUUCAGACCAUAUUUUGCGCUCUUCUCUUUCACCCUCAAUAAAAGGUUCUUUAAUUCCUCCUCACUUUCUGCCAUCAAGGUUGUGUCAUCUGCAUAUCUGAGGUUGUUGAUAUUUCUUCCAGCAAUCUUAAUUCCGGCUAGGGAUUCAUCCAGCCCAGCCUUUCGCAUGAUGAAUUCUGCAUAUAAGUUAAAUAAACAGGGAGACAAUAUACAGCCUUGCCGUACUCCUUUCCCAAUUUUGAACCAAUCAUUUGUUCCAUAUCCAGUUCUAACUGUAGCUUCUUGUCCCACAUAGAGAUUUCUCAGGAGACAGAUGAGGUGAUCAGGCACUCCCAUUUCUUUAAGAACUUGCCAUAGUUUGCUGUGGUCGACACAGUCAAAGGCUUUUGCAUAGUCAAUGAAGCAGAAGUAGAUGUCUUUCUGGAACUCUCUAGCUUUCUCCAUAAUCCAGCGCAUGUUAGCAAUUUGGUCUCUGGUUCCUCUGCCUCUUCUAAAUCCAGCUUGCACUUCUGGGAGUUCUCGGUCCAUAUACUGCUUAAGCCUUCCUUGUAGAAUUUUAAGCAUAACCCUGCUAGCAUGUGAAAUGAGUGCAAUUGUGCGGUAGUUGGAGCAUUCUUUAGCACUGCCCUUCUUUGGGAUUGGGAUGUAGACUGAUCUUCUCCAGUCCUCUGGCCACUGCUGAGUUUUCCAAACUUGCUGGCAUAUUGAGUGUAGCACCUUAACAGCAUCAUCUUUUAAAAUUUUAAAUAGUUCAGCUGGAAUACCAUCACUUCCACUGGCCUUGUUAUUUGCAGUGCUUUCUAAGGCCCAUUUGACUUCACUCUCCAGGAUGUCUGGCUCAAGGUCAGCAACCACACUACCUGGGGUGUACGAGACAUCCAUAUCUUUCUGGUAUAAUUCCUCUGUGUAUUCUUGCCACCUCUUCUUGAUGUCUUCUGCUUCUGUUAGGUCCUUACCACUUUUGUCCUUUAUUAUGGUAAUCUUUGAACGAAAUGUUCCUUUCAUAUCUCCAAUUUUCUUGAACAGAUCUCUGGUUCUUCCCAUUCUGUUGUUUUCCUCUAUUUCUUUGCAUUGCUCAUUUAAGAAGGCCUUCUUGUCUCUCCUUGCUAUUUUUUGGAAAUCUGCAUUCAAUUUCCUGUAUCUUUCUCUAUCUCCCUCGCAUUUUGCUUGCCUUCUUUCCCCCACUAUUUGUAAGGCCUCAUUGGACAGCCACUUCGCUUUCUUGCAUUUCCUUUUCAUUGGGAUGGUUUUCGUUGCUGCCUCCUGUAUAAUGUUGCGAGCCUCCAUCCAUAGUUCUUCAGGCACUCUGUCCAGCAAAUCUAAAUCCUUAAACCUGUUCCUCACUUCCACUGUGUAUUCAUAAGGGAUUUGAUUUAGAUUGUAUCUUACCGGCCCAGUGGUUUUUCCUACUUUCUUCAGUUUAAGCUUGAAUUUUGCUAUAAGAAGCUGAUGAUCUGAGCCACAGUCAGCUCCAGGUCUUGUUUUUGCUGACUGUAUAGAGCUUCUCCAUCUUUGGCUGCAGAGAAUAUAAUCAAUCUGAUUUCGAUGCUGCCCAUCUGGUGAUGUCCACGUGUAGAGUCAUCUCUUGUGUUGUUGGAAAAGUGUGUUUGUGAUGACCAGCUUGUUCUCUUGACAGAACUCUAUUAGCCUUUGCCCUGCUUCGUUUUGCUCUCCAAGGCCAAACUUGCCAGUUGUUCCUUUUAUCUCUUGAUUCCCUACUUUAGCAUUCCAAUCCCCUAUAAUGAGAAGAACAUCCUUCUUUGGUGUCACUUCAAUAAGGUGUUGUAAGUCUUCAUAGAAUUGGUCAAUUUCAGUUUCUUCAGCACCAGUAGUUGGUGCAUAAACUUGGAUUACUGUUAUGUUAAAAGGUCUGCCUUGGAUUCGUAUCAAGAUCAUUCUAUCAUUUUUGAGAUUGCAUCCCAGUACAGAAAAAGCAUUUUGGUUCCUGAAAUUCAUUCUGAUGGUGCAGACAAAAUAUAACUGAUAGACUUCUACAGGAUGGGGUAUUAGUGUGUGAAAACAGUUUAGAUCCAAUGAUCCCCAGGUAUUCAUUUCAAGGUGCCAUCCUGGUGCCCAGGCAUCUUCACUUGGCUGUAAGUGGUUGAAAACCAGGUGCAAAAUGCACCUGGCUAAUUUCGAACACUGCCCUUCCCCUGCUUUAGAUGAUGACGUGUAUUACUUCACUUAACUGCCAAUGUGGUUAGCCUGCCCUGCUACUGCAUUUGGGGACCCUUCUGCUAAUUCUUCUGAACAGAGAGCCCUGACCCUGCUGGCACCCCUGGUGCUCUGCAUCUCCUCACUGAAAAUUACUGUGUUUCAUGGGAUGGCUGGACAGGAUGCAAGCCUUUACAUGACUUUCUGGAUAGAAGGAAGCUGAUUGCAUGCCAUGGGAGAUGGGCAAGGGGAGCAGGCCAACAUUACCUAGUGGGAUAUGGGGCAGGCUGGAAGGAGUGUGGCAUUUUCAGGAGGUAGAGCAGGUAGUUGUCAUGGACUGGCUGGAUGCAGAGAAGUAGUGGCAAGCACCAGCUGGGUAAUCCCUGAGGGGAAGAAGGCUCAGACCCAGGGCAUUGGUGGUGGGAAGACAAUGAGUGGUCAGAGGGAGAAGACUGGAAGGAGGAGGAAGCUGAAGAGGUAACAGGAUUCAGUAAGCAGGAAGAGGCUGGGACAUGGAGCAGGCCUGAUUCAGAGGCUGGAGUGGAGGGCAGGGGCCAGUAGACAGAGAUGAGGUAGGCUGCUGGAGAAUCCAGGGAAUCUCCCUCUCCUGCUGCAACGAGCUCUCCUCACUCUCCCAGAACAUGCAGAGAGAUGAAGAGAGCAGAGGAGAGUCUGGUUGUGUGCAGGCACAGUCUCUGGUUGUUUGGGGGAAACCCUGGAGGGGAGGGGACCUAGACAUCUGUGGAAAGGCAGGGACCUUCAGUCCUUGCAACUGUCUCACUGGGGCAAGGCCUGCCGGGAAGAGUUGCUGGGAUCAGUAGGCCUGCACUGUUUUGGUUUCUUCGAAUAAAGAGUUAACUUCACUGACAUCAGUGUUUUGUUAUUGCUGACCUUCACCUGACUCCGGCUCCUGACGGUAGUGGGCAGUGUGCUGCCUUAGCCUGGGGCCUUAGAGUUCCCUGGGAACUAGAGAGCACUUGGCUGGGGACCUCCUGGGUAUGUGGGGUGGGGAAUUGUCACUUGCUUUGCAGCUGUGUGGGGCACUGAUGAUGGGGACAGAGAGUAUCAUCACAAGUGCAGGAGGGUAGACUUCCUGCGUAUAUUGUGGGAGCUAUCUUUGCCCUCUGCUGGAGCCCACAUGCAUUUCUUUUGCCCUGUCUGCGUUGAACGGGGGGCUCCUUUGCCACACCAGCCUGCUUCUGCUUCCGUGUUUGUCUUCCUGCCUCUAAUGCUGCUCAGCAUGUAAAGGAUUGGGCCUGCCACUGAAGUCUCAUUUUUCUCUGCUUCCGUCUCCGCUGGAAGGGGGGCUGAUGCAAUCAGCAACGUCAGGGGAACUCUGGAUUGCCUUGAGAAUGUGUUGCUGGUUGCAGUUCAGUAAGUGGUACAGCUGUCCACCGUGAUAACAUCCCUCCAUUGCUGCCCUCGAGUGACCUUACACGCUGCUUCAGUCAGAGCUGGGAUAUCCUACUUUGGGGGGUGGAGAAGGGAAGAGAAUAUAAGUUGGAGAGGUGCAGGGAUGGACCAGUAACCCUGGAAGCAUGCUGUGUGCAUGCAUACAACAUUUUCUGAGGAAGGAGCAAUAUUCUAUUCUCAUUGGGCUGCCUCCUUCCUUCCUUCCUUCCUUCCCUCCCUCUCUCCCUCUGCUGCUGGGGGCUGAAGCAUCCUACCCAUGGAAAACCCGCAUGUGCCCAGGCUUGAGUCUGGGCCAAUAAGGAGUCAGCUUUAGAUACGGUCUGAUGUGCCCCAAAGUGCAGGUUUUGAGUGCUGCUUGCUUUUUGGUAGGCGACUGUCUGCAGGUGGGUGAAUCUGCAGCCUGCUGCCCAUCUCUGCAAUCUGCUGCUUCUGUUGCAUGUCUUCAGGAUUCUCUCCCUCUCCCCCCUCCCUCCACCCUGGAAGGCCAACUGUCCCUGCUGGGACUGAGCAGAGCUUGUUGGCUGCUUCCUGCAAUGGGUUAAGAAAGCCACAGCUUGCUCAGUGCGGUAGGAGGGGGUGUUAGCAGUUUGCUCCAGUUGGCGUCUUUCCCAGAGUGCUUUGGAAAAGCACUGACCUUAGACCCUCAGUACAAACUCAGCCCAGCACGUGGGAGGCAGAAAUUGCUCCCAGACCUUCAGGCUCCAGCCUGCAAGAGACGCCUGCCACAAAGCAGCCAUUUUCUUGCUCCAGAGCGGGCUUCCUUGCCUCGGGCUCCUCCUUCCUCUGCUGGGCUCGAGCAUGGGCUCCGGGCUAGGGGUGAGGUGGCACUGGGCAGUGCCACAACAGUCCUGUGGAGCAGGCAGGCAGUCACCACUACACUUAGUAGAGAGCUGUCCCAUGGUGUGUCCUGCUCUGCUCAGGGUUACAUUUGCAUGGCACACAGCCAGUCCUUCCCCAUUGCAGGGCUGAAGCUGCUCUGCAAGAGCCACAUAUUUUAUCCUGGGUUGACAUUCUGCAACCGAGGGCUUGUUUGUUUUAUUUGAGCUAUUUAUAUACUGCUUAAUCACCGGGAUUUCUUGCUCUAAGGGGCUAGUGCAUCGCAAAUGAAAUAACCUGUCCCGGAUAGAACUCUGUGGGGGAAGCUUUGGAGAAACCCAAGAACCUGUCCCAGCUCUCGGUCCACCUAGCUUGGCAUUGUCUUCGCUGCACUGACUGGCAGCUGCUCCCCCUAAUUUUCAGGCAGGAGUUUUCCCCAGUUCUACCUGGCCCUUAUGCAUGCAGAGUUGAUGCUCUGCCAUUAAGCCAGUGCCACCAGGGGGUACCUGCUAUGAAGCAGGCAGCUCCUGGCCCCCAGCAGCAGCAGCAGCAGCCCUGUGUAAAGCCCUCUGGAGCCAGGGAACCUUUCCUAGUGUCAUUAAUAGAAAAUCGUCUCCUUUUUGCGCUCAGGGAAACUAGGAGGGCCCUGGGAAGGGAUGCCGCAAGCCACAGUUUAGCACUCAGUGCCCCCCUGCAGUGUUCUCCUGCCCAUGGCUGAUGCAGGAUCCGCUCCUUGCUCUGCCCCCCCCCCUCAAGCCCCACUGCUUACCCCCACUGGUUCCCGGCUGCAGAAAGUGUUUUGUUUUUAACUGUGCAUGGCAGGCAACCAAGCUGGCUGAGUCAGUGAGCUGGCUGGCCACCAGAAAUCAAACUGUGGUUUCUCCCCCUUUUCCCUCCCGCCUGGAUUUUUUCUUUCUUUCUUCACUUAGCGACAGUUUCGUGUAUGCACAACAAAGCUCUUGCUGCCUCCGCUCCCCUCUUGGGGCUGGAACAAGUGUGAGCUGGUUGGAUUCCUCCAUGGAGAGAGCAAGCUGGGUGGCAGCAGCAGCAUUUGGUAUUUCGGCACCGGGUGGAAAGAGCAGCCAGCUCCAGCCAGAGGGACUUCACUCUCUCGGAAAGCCCUGAGCAUCCUGCCAGCCCCCAGCGGGUCUUGCAGGAAGGGACCUCUUGGGCCAGCCCUUGCUGGCUGGUGCUAGGUCCCCAGCGAGGAAGACCUCUCUGCUCCUUGGCUGUUCUGCAUUCAGUGCCAAUGCCUGUGUAGUGCCAGCGGGCACUUGCUUCCUUAGGCAAGGCACUGCCGGGGGGGGGGGAGCUCCCUCUUUGUUUAAAAACAGCAUCACCAAGCCUUGUAGCAUCUUGAAAGCCUAACAGAUUUAUUAUGGCACAGGCCUUUGUAGAUUAAAACCCACUUCAUCCAAUGAUCAAGUGGACACAAAAAAGCUUAUGUCACAGUAUGUCUGUUGGGCUUUAAGGUGCCACAGAAUAGGGCUGGGCGAUACCUGGUUCUCAGCAUCAUGAUAUAUCACCCGCUAAACGUUGCAAUAUACCAAUAUGAAAUAAGGUCUGAAAUAAGGAUGGAGCUAUGUAGAGGCAUUGGCUGGCUUCGUGGUUUUUCCCGCAUUGUGAUUUUUGCAUAGUGUGCACACACACAUAAUAACUUGUGAUAUAUUGCCAGGUCAAAAAUGAAACCAAUAUCAUGAUAUGGACUUCAGACCAGUUUUGAACGAUAUAUCAAUAUAUCCCCCAGCCCUACCACUCUGGGUCUGUUGGAGCAGAAUAGCAAGUGUGGGUCACCUCUCUCACUGGCUCUGUGCUGUUCUGGGUCUGAACUCCACGAUUUUUUCUGCACCUUACAAAGGGUUCUGUUGUCUAUUGAUAGCCUAGUGCCUGGGCAAUUGCGGGGGUGCUCUUAACUCUCCCCAGCUCCUUUUGUUAUGGGUUCAAAAGCUAUUGGCCCAGAGCAGCUCCACACACUCAAGUAAACAAGGAGGACCUGCCCCUUAUUGCACAAGACUUUCAGUUGAGAAGUGUGUGUUAGGAAAUGUUGCUGGCAGGAGUGAGGAAAAAAAUCCUUGGCACCCGGACGACUCCUCAGAGGGGUGGGGGUGGGAUGCUGGCACCCAGGACUCUGGAAGCCUUUAUGGCCCUGGCUUCAGGGAAGUUUGCACGAGGAACCAGAGAGUGUUUCUUAAAGCAGACCAGCCUCAUUCCUUAAAACUUGGGAGAAUUCUCUUGGACUGUGAUGUGGAAGCAUCAACAAUAUGAUCCUUGUAUGAGCAAACUGCGGGAACUUUGCUAAAUAUUAAUUCUCUCCAGGCGGAGUUUUCACCUGAUUAGCAUGUGUAAAGACUCCCAAAACGCAGCAGCGGCUACAGCAGUGUGUUACCAUCUCUCUGUUGGAGCAGCGGACAAUAACGACCAUUCAGACCGAAAUUGAAGUGUGAGCUGCUUGGGCUGUGUGUGUGUGUGAUGGUGGGUUUGUUCUGGAGGGGCCGCACAAAAGGAACUUCCCCCAAUAGGGUCCCAGGAACAAAGUGCCAGGCUGCCUACCAGACCUUUUCCUUCACUCACUGCCCCCCCCACCCCCGGUAAGUGUGUGCUUGUGUCUGUGUGGUGGGAAUAAAUGAUUAAAUUAAAAACAAAACUUUACGCUUCAACUGUGUCAUAGCGGUGGUUUUAAAAAUAAACAGGCUCAAGGUGAAAUCUAAAUUUAAUGCAGAAUGUUGAAACCUGCCAUUACCUUACCUGCUUAAAAACCCCGUGGCCCUCUAUGCAGCAUGGACUGUCCGGCUGUUUUGCUUUCCCCUUCCUUUCCUUUCUCACAUUAAAAUAAUAAAAUAAAGGAGGGAAACCAUCUGACUCUCAGAGGCCAAUUAUUCCAUGCAUCCUCCAGCAUAGGUCUUGUACUGUUACCGUUUGAUUACUAUAUGGGACGGGUCCCUCUUGGUUCCCCUGGGGUCUGCCAGGCAUAGCUGCUGAUACUUCAGGAUCAAGUGCUCCAACCUGGAAUACUUGGCUACUUGAUCUCUGUAGCGCUUGUCAAAUGCUGUGGGUUAAACCACUGAGCCUAGGGCUUGCCGAUCAGAAGGUCGGCGGUUCAAAUCCCCGCGACGGGGUGAGCUCCCAUUGCUCAAUCCCAGCUCCUUCCAACCUAGCAGUUCAGAAGCACGUCAAAGUGCAAGUAGUUAAAUAGGUACCACUGUGGUGGGAAGGUAAAUGGCAUUUCCGUGCGCUGCUCUGGUUCUCCAGAAGUGGCUUAGUCAUGCUGGCCACAUGACCCGGAAGCUGUACACCGGCUCCCUCGGCCUGUAAAGCGAGAUGAGCACCACAACCCCAGAGUCGUCCACGACUGGACCUAACAGUCAGGGGUCCCUUUACCUUUUACCCACUAAAAAGCACAGGGGUUUCCUAGCCACUUUGUGUAGAAACACUCUUCUUCUCAGUAAGGACCAGUGUGACUGGCUUUGGGAAAUUCUGGUUGAAAUAGAAAUGUGUCUCUUUCUCCUUCUGGGUGCGAGCAUCUUGCAGUGGGGGUAUGCGAUUUCAACAGGGAAAAUACCCAAAGGCAGAAGAGCAAAGCAGCCCCCACCCACCCCUUCCUCUGCUCAGAAAAAAACCCCCAAAAGCUAAAGAGAGGCAGUUCUGACCUUUAGCUUUCAAGUAAGUAAGAAGCCUCCCUUGCAGGUGGGUUGAGGCCCCCCAAAACGAAAUCUAUCCAUUUCGCAGUUCCCACCUGCAUCUCCUCUCCUCUGGCUCAAUAUAAUUCUGAUGGGGGGGCGGGGGGGGAGCUGCAUGGUGCUGCCUUUCCAGAGCCUGUGAUGGAUUUGGGUCAUCCUGGGUGCCAAGCUCAGGAGUAAGCAUCGGGGUGGAUAAAAAUGAUUUUUUAAAUAAAAAAAUCGGAUUUUUCAAAUUUAAAUCGGAAUUUUUCAAAUUUAAACCAGAUUUUAAAAAUAAAAUGAUUUUGUGGGGAAAUCUUUCUAAAGAUAGUUUUCUAUUUAAGUUACAUUAUAGUCCAAAGGCUAUAAGGAUUUGUUUUAAGUUUUUCAUGUGUGCUAAAACUCAGUCUAAGUUUUCUUUUUUGUUUAACCACAUCAGUUAACAAACACGGAUACAUGUGCUGUAAGGUUAUUGUUUUAGUUAAAUAAAUUGUUUAAAUUGUUAUUAAGGAAAUGAUUGUUUUCCCCCUUCCAAUAAAGUACAGUAGAAAAGUUGUCCAAAUAUAAACUUAUUAAGCCACACAAUAAUUUCAUAAUUAUCUGUCUGUGUAUUUCUAAUAGCGUAACGAAAUCAGUAAUUUCUGAUAUAGCUGUAAAAACUACUCUGAAAAUUGAUUUUUCCAAAAAUGAAACCUUCAUCUGGUUGUAAAUAUUAUACCAGCAAGAAUCAGUCUUUCAGUAAAAAAAUGAUUUAAAUCGAGUCUUACUGACUAGUGAUUUAAAUUGAUUUAAAUCAAAUCCACCCUGGUAGGCAUGUUCUCUGCAGCCAUAUGUUGGCACUGGAAAUGGGCAUGAGAGUACCCCUCUGCCUGUUGCAGACACUGGUCAGAAAGUACUUUCCAGCACCUCCUGCCUGAUGCCUGCUGGCUCCUGCUGCCAGCCAUUUGUUUGAGGCUUGGCAGUAGCUUGCUGCUGAGCAGCAGAACCAGGUGCCAUAUUGACCCAGUGCAUCACUGGUUGCGCUGGCAGGUUUAGAAUAAUGCUUUCUUAGGUGAGGGGAAAACUCUGUGGGUCUGUCUGUUUGGGCCCUUGCAAAGCCAGUGGGGUGUUGUGACUAGAAAAGGAGAGCCUUAGGUUCAAAUGCUCAUUCAGGUAUGAAGCUGACAGGCUGAUCUUGGGCAGACAUGCUCUUUUAGGCUUGCUUACCUUACAGGGUUGUUGUGAGAACAACAACAACCGAACCACGUACCUCAUUUAGAGCCCUGCAGAGGAAAGGCAGAAUACAAAUGCAGUAAAUAUUAUUACUUUGCACAUCUUGAAGCCUCAGGGAAGGAGGGGGGGAGGCUGUUGCAAAGUACAGUGGCCUAAGUUUGCUUUUUUUGUAAAUUCCUCUGUUUUCAAAAUAUUUCUCUUGCAAGGGAAGAAGUGGCAUAGAAGCUGUUGCAUCAGCUGACCUGUAAACAGUUUGCUUGUAUAGGGAGGGUUCAAAGACUUCUGAGCAUCUCAGUUCUUACCCGUGGCCUUGAAAUAAAUAAAGCAAAUCUGAACGAUGUUAUUAAAUAUAAGGGGGGGAGGUGAAAGCUUGCUUGCAGGCACUACCCGAGGAAGCCACAGAAUUUGGAACCAGUUUGAGUGGAAGGAGAACAAAUAUUGCCACUGGUCCUUGCCCAUCACUAGGAGGUGCAAGGACUGUAGGGCAGCCAGACAGGAUUCUUAUGUUCUCUUCCUUACCAAAACACCAACCAUCGUCUAAAAGUUCUCAUGCCAAAAGAUGUAGGGAGGUGCCAGUGUUCUUCCAGUUUGGGUCAGCAGGUGUUGUACUAUAACUCCUGUCAUUCCUAGCCAGCUUAGCCCCAGUGGUCAAAGUUGAUGGGACUUGUAGUCCAACGGGGACCCAAGGUUGAGGAUCACUAGUGUAUAGGUCAGUCACCACUUGUGGAAAUGGGUGCAGACUAUCUUGCUUAGGAGCAGUUUUGGGCCUUGAAUGGUUAAUUCCAGAGCUGUGGUUGCCCAAAUGGGAGGGGAGCCUCACUCCCAGGGGAGGCAGACAGUUGCCUGGAGAGGGCAUGAGUUUCUCCCACCAUGCAUCAAGAACAGCACAAACUUACCCUUCAUCACACCAGUCAAAACAAAUUAUGUGCCCCACUUAGGAAUUAUGAAUAUUAAGCAGCGUAUAAAUACUUGAAGUAACUAAAAUGGGGAGAGGCACCCUGCCUCCUUUAAGUUGGUUGCCUUUGCUGAAAGGUAAUGGAGGGAGGGAAUUAUCUUCUGCUUUAGACAAGGGGGGGACGCGGGUGGCGCUGUGGAUUAAACCACAGAGUCUAGGGCUUGCUAAUCAAAAGGUCGGCGAUUCGAAUCCUCGUGACGGCAUGAGCUUCCGUUGCUCAGUCCCUGCUCCUGCCAACCUAGCAGUUCGAAAGCAUGUCAAAGUGCAAGUAGAUAAAUAGGUACUGCUCCGGCGGGAAGGUAAACAGCAUUUUUGUGUGCUGCUCUGGCCACAUGACCCGGAAGCUGUACGCCGGCUCCCUCGGCCAGUAAAGCGAGAUGAGCGCUGCAACCCCAGAGUCGUCCGUGACUGGACCUAAUGGUCAGGGGUCCCUUUACCUUUACCUUUUAGACAAGGGAUGUGAUACUGCCCUUAUUGGGGUCUUCUUAUUUAGCCCCCAAAGAAAGAAGAAAAUAAACUCCCACAGGGGAAUAGGCAAGCAGGCGAUGAGACUCUUUCCGUCUGGGCAUCACGGGCCACUUGUGGUGCGGAGAGGGAUGGCAAGCAGAGCAAGCUGAUCUGCUAGGCUCUUGUUAGAAAGACAGCCAGCAUUUCUUUUUUUGGGGGGGGGGGGGUACUGCUCCAAUGGCCAGGCCAUCAGCUUCACCUGCUCAAGUUGUCCCUCUGCAGAGCUGAACAGGAAAGAAUCUCUGCCCACUAACCUGAAGAAAUGUGCGCUGAGAAACGAAAGGGCUGCCUGUGUGUGAUUGCAGCCUGGCCUUCCUUCCUGGUGGGAAAGAGAGGCUGCCAAGGAGUAUCCUGGAAUGGGCAGCCAGGGUGGGUGGGUGUGCAAGGGGGGGGGGGCUCGCAGAUGCUUCAUCCCGGGCCUCUGCAAUAAGGUCCUUGUACUGGCCUUGCCCUCUGUUCUGUCCUUUGAACAAGCAAUGCAAGUUAUAACAAGGAAACGAUAACAAGGAGUAGUAUCCAGUGAUGCUUUAUGCAGAACAGACACACUAAAAUUAAUAUACUUAAAUUGGACCUGUAUUCAUAGAAUCGUAGAGUUGGAAGGGACCCUGAGGAUCAUCCAGUCCAACCCCCCUCCUUUGCAAUGCAGGAAUAUGCAGCUGUCCCUUAUGGGGAUGGAACCUGCAACCUUGGCGUUAUCAACACCCACGCUCUAACCAACUGAGCUAUCCAGGCAUUAAAGUAAACAAGGAAUUAUGUCAAGGAUAGCUGAGUCAGCAGAGCCUGGUACUCUUCAUCUCAGGGUUGUGGGUUCGUGCCCCAGUUUGGGCAAAAGUUUUCUGCAUUGCUGGUGGUUGGACUAGAUGAUCUGUGUGGUCCCUUCGAACUCUACAAUUCUGUGAUUCUAUAUUGGGGAGGAAAUACCCUGGCAGUUGGAAUCCUUUUGCUUCUCUCUUUUUACAGGAUUUAUGUUUUUUAUGUUUAUGCUUUUCCUUAUCAAAGUUUCAGGGUGGCUAGUGGCAAAAACAUACCCCAUUUUUAAAAAAAAGUUUUCUUUUUCUUUUAUUUUUAAAGGGUGAGAAAAGUACAUACAACAUCUCUGUUUUCAAUUCUUAAGAGUCCUUUCUUCAAAUUAUUUAUAUUCAAUGUGAGACACUAACUGUUAUAGUCAGUAGAUAUGAGGUCAGGAGAGAAGAGUUUUUGAACAAGAUAGCAAAACCCAGUAAUGCCAAUCCAUUGAAACAGCAGGUGAAAGCAAACAACAAAAUCUGCGUAAGAAUUUAAAACAAGCCCAUCUAGUCUAGCAUCUUAUUCUCACGGCAGCUGGCCAGGUACAUAAGCAGGACCUGAGCACAAGAGAUGCCCGCCCUCCUGUGGUUUCCAGCAACUGGCAUUCAGAAGCAAUUGCUGCCUCCCAACCAGGGAUCAGCAAACUUUUUCAGCAGGGGGCCGGUCCACUGUGCCUCAGACCUUGGGGACGGACGGCAGACUAUAUAUAUAUAUUUUUUGGGGGGGGGACAAAUUCCUAUGCCCCACAAAUAACCCAGAGAUGCAUUUUAAAUAAAAGCACACAUUCUACUCAUGGAGAAACACCAGGCAGGCCCCACAAAUAACCCAGAGAUGCAUUUUAAAUAAAAGCACACAUUCUACUCAUGUAAAAACACUCUGAUUCCCGGAUGGUCCACAGGCUGGAUUUAGAAGACAAUUGGGCCAGAUCCAGCCCACGGGCCUUAGUUUGCCUACUCAUGCUCCAAACUGUGGAGGAAGAACAUUGCCAUUUCGGCUAGUAGCCGUCGAUAGCUUUAUCAUCCAGCCUAUACUUUUUUUAAAAAAGAGGAAAGAUCCCAUUUAAACACAGUGUUAAAAGACUGCCUCUUCUCUUUUUAAUGAAAUACCUUUCUUGUGGUGUCUCAAAAUGUUUUGGUAUUUUUAAGUACCUUGUUAUGAAGGACACAAAAUAUGUGGAGUUGAGGCAAGCUGGCUAAAUCUGGUGGAGCACCAAUAUGGAAGCAAUGAACAUCCUGUGGACUUCUGACAAAAGAGAUGCAUUCUGCAGUGGGGGGGGGGGGGGCUCCCAGAGGCCACUCUUAGUCCUGGGGAAACAGAUUCAGAGUUUGCAAUGCAAAGAGGUGUCCGUGUUCUUCUUGGAACAGGAAGCAAGGGUUUUAAAACAUUGGGCUGUUGGCGGUGUUAAGGAAAGCACAUAGGUUGCGAUAUACUGGGUCAUCCAGUGAAAAGGGACCAGCAGGAGAUCUGGGAUAGACAAAUGAAAUAACCUCUUUCCAUGACACGCCCAGUUAAUAAACGCAUCGCCACGUGGAAAUGGUCUCUGGCCUAGGUGGUCUAAGAAGGGGAAUAGACAUGUUCAGGAAGGAGGAGAAAGGUAUUUCCGGGGCUAUUACUAUGUGAAACCUCCCCGUUCAGAGGCAGUUAAACCACAGAGCCUAGGGCUUGCCGAUCAGAAGGUCGGCGGUUUGAAUCCCCGCGACGGGGUGAGCUCCCGUUGCUCGGUCCCUGCUCCUGCCAACCUAGCAGUUCGAAAGCACGUCAAAGUGCAAGUAGAUAAAUAGGUACCACUCCGGCAGGAAGGUAAACGGUGUUUCUGUGUCCUGCUCUGGUUCGCCAGAAGUGGCUUAGUCAUGCUGGCCACGUGACCCGGAAGCUGUACGCUGGCUCCCUCAGCCAGUCAAGCAAGAUGAGCGCCGCAACCCCAGAGUCGGCCACGACUGGACCUAAUGGUCAGGGGUCCUUUUUACCCAGUGGGCCUACUCUCCCUGCAACAGGAUGCUGAGUGCCAUAGCUGGAGCAAGCAUGGCUGCUGGAAGGAGCCAGGUGCCUUUGCAGGAGGCUGAGACUCCUUGGCUUAUAUUAUAACAUGUCAGGGCAGGAUCCUGUGUCACUCCCUGGAGGCCAUUGUGGGUAGUAGACUGUAGCCGUGUCUUUGGGACAUGUGGCUUUGCACGGAGGGAGUGUCUGCCUCAGUAAGCUGAGAUUUGCAUGUUUCCCCUUUUGUGGAGUGUUCUGGGCUUGCUUCUUCCUCUGCUUUCAGCCAGUCCCCCAGAGUGGUUGUGCCUGGGCAGGGGAGCGCUCUCUGUGUGUUUCCUCCUUAUCCUUUUCACAGCGCCCUGGCAAGUGCUGAAUACUGCUGCGUGGGCAGGGGUGGAUGCAGGCAUGUGGACACACGCGGAAGCAGGCUCUGCCAUGCACGCUGGCUUGGCCGGCUAGUGCUCAGUGUGUGGUUGGUUGCAGGGUGUUGAGAAUCAGCAGAAUGGCCUUGGAAGUUGCACAAGAGGUCUGGGGGCUGAGCAGCUGGUUGCCAUUGCUCCAAUACAUGUGGGGCCGAACUGCUGAUGUCCAGUACGUAAAGGUGUAUUUAUUUCAGGGUGGAUAAAAAAUCAAUGAUUUUUAAAUUAAAAACCCAGUUUUUUAUUUAUUUAAAUCAGAUUUUAUUUUAUUUAAAUCGGAUUUUUCAAAUAAAAUGCUUUUGGGGGGAAAUCUUUCUAAAGAUCGUUUUCUAUUUAAGUUACAUUAUAGUCCAAAGGCUAUUCAUCAGGAGAUAAGGAUUUGUUUUAAGUUUGUCAUGUGUGCUAAAACUCCGUCUAAGGUGUUUUUUUUUAAAAAAAUGUUUAACCACAUCAGUUAACAAACAUGGAUAGAUAUGCCAUAAUGUUAUUGUUUUAAAUAAAUUGUUUAAAUUGUUAUUAAGGAAAUGAUUUGUUUUUCUCCUUCCAAUAAAGUACAGCAGAAAAGUUGUCCAAAUAUAAACAGUUAACUUAUUAAACCCCACACUAAUUUCAUAAUUAUCUGUCUAUGUAUUUCUAAAAGCAUAAUUUUUGAUAUAACUGUAAAAACUACUCUGAAAAUUGAUUAUUCCAAAAAUGAAACCUUCAUCUUGUUGUAAAUACUGUAAAGGUUAUACCAGCAAGAAUGAGUCUUCCUGUAAAAAAAAUGAUUUAAAUAAAAUCUUACUGACUAGUGAUUUAAAUCAAAUCCACCCUGAUUUAUUUAUGCAAUGCACCUUUCCUUUCUGGGUCCUGCAAACGCUUUUAUGAUCCGUGUCUGGGCAGGUGCUCAGCUAUGUUACUGAGCUGCAGCUUGAGCAUCGUUUACUCCUUCCCCGUUCACCAGUUACACAAGGGGUACACUCCCACCCACUCCCCCAUUUGUCUUCCAGCAGCCCAACAAGAUGCCUCCUUCGGGAUGCAUCUUCAACUGAAGUUCUUCAGCUUGAGGCAAAGAUUGGGAGGGGAGGAGCUUGCAAAAGCAAUUUCAUUUCGUUUUUCAUUUCACUUUUUAUUUGUAUACCCCUUUCUUGUUUUACUAUACUACAAGGCGGUUUGCAAGCUAAAGAAACAACAGCAUAGGCAGCAAAGAUAAUAACACCUAAUAACAAUCUGAUCCAGUACAAAAAAAACCAUAAUGAAAACAUAACUUUAAGAUAAACAACUUAAUGUGUGUCAAAUAAAGCAAUAUUCAGUAAUCUAUUAGAACAGUGAACAGUAAAAUUAAAUAUCAGCAGAUAAUAAUUAUAAACAGUUUACACUUAACAAUUGCAAUAAAGAAUUACUAAACUAUGAUCAAUAAAAAAUAACAGCAAGUCGCAAUGCAUAAAAUACUACAAAACCAUGUAAAAGGGUCAAAAUGAGAAACAAGGACCAUUGUUUACCUUGUAGUUGAGGAAUCUGUUCUUUAAUCCAGGCCUUAAUUUUCCCCAGUACAUAUCAGGACCGGCCCUCUGAGCAAUUUUCAAUACUACCAUGAAGUCCUGAAAUAUGUGCAAUAGUGUUUUCAAGUACCUCUGAACAUGUCCAGAGUGCCUGCCGACACCCAUAGCCUCAACCUGUCCCCACCUGCUCAGAUCUAAGAAGCAGCAGUCCCAGCCAUUCCAAGCUAGCAGAUCUGCCUCUGGGGAGACUGAGUGGAGCCAUUGCCUUUGAGGUUCAUGAGGAGAACUUGGGAAAGUUCACUGCCCCACAGAAGCCAUUAAAAGUUAGCUCCCUCCCCAGCCAACAACCAGCCAACAAUUGAUGUCCAGUGACAGUAAAUAGGAGGAAUAACAUACCAGUGAUUGGGAAGAAAUGGUGAGCCAGUGUGGUGUAGUGGUUAGAGUGUCAGACUGGGACUUGGGAGACCAGGGUUCAAAUCCCCACUUGGCCAUGAAGCUCACUGGUUGACUUUGGACCAGUCACUGCCUUUCAGCUGCCUCCAAAGGGUUGUUGUGGGGUUUAAUUAUUAUUAUUAUUAUAUUUGUUUGUUUGUUUGUUUGUUUGUUUAUAUCCCGCCCAUCUGGCUGGGCUUCCUCAGCCACUCUGGACAGCUUCCAACAAAAGAUUAAAAUAAUGUAAUACAUCAAACAUUAAAAGCUUCCCUAAACAGGGCUGCCUUCAGAUGUCUUCUAAAGUCUGGUAGUCGUUGUUCUCUUUGACAUCUGGUGGGAGGGCAUUCCACAGGGUGGGUGCCACUACCGAGAAGGCCCUCUGCCUGGUUCCCUGUAACUUGGCUUCUUGCAGUGAGGGAACCGCCAGAAAGCCCUCGGCGCUGGACCUCAGUGUCCGGGUAGAAUGAUGCAGGUGGAGACGUUAUCCGAUAUACUGGAUAAAUGAAGAAGCGAAAGAAUCAUGUGCACCACCUUCCUCUCCUUGGCUUGGGGUGGGCGGGGGGAAGGUGGAAUAUAAAAUGCAGUAAAUGUGAGUAGCACAAGAGGAAUAUGGAAGCCCAGAGAAAUCAGAAGCAAAUGUACGCGGCUGGGUUUUUCUGGGAUGGGUUACCUGGGAUGGUUUUGAAAAGAAGGGCUGCAAGGGCACUGCCCCAUGGAAAGACCUACCACCCGAAGGCUGAACUGUGGGAGAGGGGGAGUGUUUGCGCUGGCGGGCUGUUAAUCCUGGCAACUUGGAUGUCACAAAUGUGGGAGCUGUCCUGUGGGCAGCCUUACAGACUGGGUGGGGAGGGGCCAGAUUGGCGGCUUCCUGUGACCCUUCUUGUUUAACCAAGACAGGCCAAGAGGUGGUGAUCAUACCAUGCAUAUGCCAUGAAAGCUGGGUUAGAACAUGGUGCUCAUAACACCAAGGUUGCAGGUUCGAUCCUGUGUGGGAUGGCUGCAUAGUCCUACAUUGCAGGGGGUGUGGGAAUAGAUGAACCUCAGGGUCCGUUCCAACUCUACAAUUCUAUGAUUCUGUGUGUGCAUGGCACAACUGGAAGCCUCCAGGCACAAAUGCCACCUGUUGCCCUCCUGCUAUAGGGCCCUGUGGCAUGUGUGCAUAACCUUGGGUUACUCUUCCUGCUCCUCCACAACUUGCAGCGGUGAGUGUGUUAUCUGCGUCUGCCCCAGGUGAGAGCCCAUGUGUUGCCUGGGGGCAUCUCAGGCCUUUGGCCACAUCCUGUUCCCCACCAAGACGGACUUCGCAGCAGGCAAGCUCCUCUCUCCUCCCCCUACUCUGCAUGUGUCUGCCCACCCCCCACCCCCCGCCAGGCAGGCUCUUGUGCUGGGCAGGCUUGGGUUAGGCAGCAUGGAAAUAAAUCUCUCCUGGUGUGGAACGAAAGGGGUAUAAAUAUCCCGGGAGUGAUGUGAUCUUUCCAGCUGCUAUUAAUAGGCCCCCAGAGACUGAGCCAGCCAGUGCGACAGGCUGACACUUAAAGGGACAGCGGCUCCCCUCCUUCCCUCCCUCCUGGAUUGCAGGCAGAGAAUUAAUCUUCAUCCCUGCCUCUGGGAUUGCCACCAUCAGAUGGGAGUUAGAGAUGGGCGCUGGUCAAGGGGAGGAAUGAAGGGGCUGGCCAGCCAAUGCUGCUGUCACAGCCCUCAACCCCAAAUUAAUCUUUUCACAGGCAUGGAAGUGUUGGCUGCCUGGGUGCCCUCUGGCCUCAGCUAGCUAGCGGGCAUUGCUUCACCUGUAGGAAUGAGUGCACUGGGUUCUUCAACUGUGGGCCUGGCACGGUGCCCAUACAUGUAUGUCCCAAAGAAGCUUUUCCAUUCCUCUGUCGGGUCUUGGUGUGCCUGCCUGGUGGCACUGAGUUGGCAACCCUGGAGAGAGGGAGAGCAGUUCCAUUCCCACGGCUGCCUCUGGCAGACUCCCUGGCAAGGGCAGCACAUUGGAGGGGAGGAACAACCGGCUGCUGAAUCACAGAGAAAUGGUAGGCCAAGGAGCCUGCUGCCUCUCCUGGAAGCAACAGGAAAACAAAACAUCCACAUAGUUUUCCAUAGAGAUCUAGCUCUGUUCCUCUGGAACUGGGUGAAGCUAUGCAAGUGCUUCUUUGCCGGUGCCUGGGGUUAGUAAUGGGCUGCAUGACGGUCAGUGAGCUAAAACUAGAUGCCAACAAAGCAGAGGUACAGUGGUACCUCGGGUUAAGUAUUUAAUUCGUUCCAGAGGUCCGUUCUUAACCUGAAACUGUUCUUAACCUGAAGCACCACUUUAGCUAACGGGGCCUCCUGAUGCUGCCGCGCCGCCGGAGCACGAUUUCUGUUCUCAUCCUGAAGCAAAGUUCUUAACCCGAGGUACUAUUUCUGGGUUAGCGGAGUCUGUAACCUGAAGCGUAUGUAACCUGAAGCGUAUGUAACCCGAGGUACCACUGUACUGUGGAUUGGUGGUUCCCAUGUCUGGGAACUGGAGGGUUUGUCUCUUCUGGAUGGGCUUACACACUCCUUGAAGGAUCACUGGCAGUGCCUAUGUCCACCUCCAGCUGAUAGUUGGGCCACGGUGACUGGCCCAUGCCUUUGUAACCUCUAGACUUGACUACUGUAAUGCAGUCUACUUAGGGCUGCCCUUGAAGAUGGUUUGGCGAUGGCUGCUAUUGCAGGCUGAGUUGUGACUGUGAGAGUGUUAACUGUGUGGCAGCACAGCACCGUAUAACCUCGGUCAUGAAGGAACCGUUGUGGUAAUUGGACUGGGCACUUAGGUGGCAGCCUGGUCUGCUUCUGGACACAGGCUAGCAGUGGUUGCUCUCGUUCCUCCACCCCCAGCUCUGACGGCCAUUUUUCUUCCUUUUCUCUUUUCCCCGCCCCCUUGCACAGGUGUUUUGCCCAACAGGAAGAAGCAGCAGGGACUUGGAGCUUCCUCCAGUGUCGCUGCCAGAAGCCUUAGCCAAUCAAAUGCACCCUGACAAUAAACUGACCAAUCAUGGAAAGACAGGUAACAGCAGUGCCCAGCCCCAGCACCAUAAUGUGAGCCAAAGCCCCACCUGCAACCUGGGCACGAAGGGCGUGGGGGCAGGGAAUCAUGGUGGCAAAGCCAGCCAGCAAACUCCUGGCAACUCUGGACUGAAAACCAGCCAGCCUCCUGUGCCCGUCUUUGGGGCCUUGAAGGGCAAAGUGAAGCGAGAGCGGAGUGUCUCCGUGGACUCCGGAGAGCAGCGGCAGGAAGCCACCACUACCUCACUGGACAAGGAGCUGAAAGGUGAGGGGCCUGUUGGCUGGAGGGAGAACGGCAGGCUGGAGCCAUCUCCGCAGUGCUGCCCCCUGCUGAGGGCUCCUGCCUCUGCCCAACUUGGCUCCGCCUUGCCUCUCUUCCAGGCCGGAGGGUGGGGGCAGGACCGGCAGAGGGGGCGUGGCCAUUCCCUGGGUGCCACUGCUGCCGCUAACACCUGCCUGCCUACCUGCCUGCCGCUUUCCCCUCUCGCUGCGCAGUUGCCCCUCUGGGCCAGAGGAGCAGCGAGUGGCUCACGGCGCAUUCUUUCCUUGUAGGCGAAGUGGCCCCCCGGAGCAAGCGGCGCUGUGUGCUGGAAAGGAAGCAGCCCUACAGUGGGGACGAGUGGUGCUCUGGACCAGACAGCGAGGAGGAAGAGGAGAAGCCUCUCAGCAGCGCCCACAGUGAGUCGUCCUCGUCCCCCCAUGUGUGUCUUGCAUGCCCAGCUGUGCAUGGGGAAAUACUGGCCCCUAGUGGCUUAGAAUGAGCCCAAAGGGCUGCUUGACUUGCAGCAUUUUGAGCAUCGCUUACUCUGGGAUUUGCAUGUUUUGCUUCCUGAAACUGCAGUGAAUUGACACUCCAGAACCUUUGCCCACAGCCCUUCAACGCAGCGGGCAGCAGCCCCGCCAGAGCACACAUGCAAACCAUACAUUUAAACUACACCCCUGCCCCAAGAAUAUUGGGAGUCGUAGUUUGGUCAGAGUGCCAGGAAUUGUAGCUCUGUGAGGGGUGAACCGCAGUUUGCAGGAUACUGUGAGUGGGGUGGGGGAAAUGGACUUUAAACAUAUAGGGUUUUUCACAGCAUCCGUCUCCUCGGGUUUUUUGCGGCUGUUCAGUUUCUUCUUAUUAUGGAGCGCAUUUAUUACCGAUAUGCUGUUUUAUUUAUGCUAAAAUUUUGGUCUCACUUUUCCGGUUGGGUGGAGAGGCGCAAAGCAACUAACUGGAUUGUUGUACAUACGAAUUGUUACAUAGGUUUUUAAAAACAACAGCAACAACACAAUAACAAUAAUCUGGUCAUUAAAAGCAGCAAAGUAAAUAACAGACACCCCUUGAAACAGACACACGCACAGCCAUGACUUCCCAUCUCCUUUCCUUUGGCCAUUCCCUUAGUGAGAAGCCUCCACACCCUCAUCUCCCCCAGCAAAGAGUGAUCUGUGAUAGCUGGAACCAGCACAAUGUCAAAUGCAUGGGGGACAGGGAGGGAUGGGAACCUUCUCUUGCCGUGUUCUUUUUGCAGGUAUGACCAGAAAAUAUCAUCACAUACUAGUUGGGGAUUGAAAUAAACUGGGAAGGAGGUUGAGCCUUCCCUCUACGUUGGUUCAUGUGUGAACUCACUCCCUGGACCUCUAGCUGUGCCCAGGCUUCUCAGCUCCCUGUUCUGAGGUUCUCCUGCUGGACCCAACAGCUGACCAGCAGCUCCUGCACUUGGCUUUCUAACUCCUCCUCUCCCCUUUCACUGCAGAUUGUAAUGUAGCGGAGUCGGCAAUGACCGCGGCCUCGCAGCUGGGCCCAGGACCCAAUCCGCUGCCAGCCUUGAGUGAGAGCAACGCAUCCGGCACACCCCAUGGAGCAACCCCUGGUCUUAGGUCGGACACCAGGAACAGCGGCGGAAAGCAGCCGUUGCAGUUUGUUUAUGUCUUCACGACGCACCUCGCUAACACGUAAGCCUUCAUGUGGCGGGUAGGGUUCCGGGCCUUCCUCUACCCGUGGCUUCUCCUGUGGGCACGGCUUGGUGGGUGGCUUUCCGAAAAAACCCACUUCUGCCCAGAGUCUGUGCCCCUCUUGGCUUCUCCCCUCGGCUCCCCUCACCUGUGGCUGAGGCCUUGCGGCUCAUGCUUCCCCCCAACGGGAAUUGAAAGGCCCUCCAGCCCCACGGGGGUAGCAUGGAGUCAGAGGAAGCAUUGCAUUCCCUGGGACCCUCCCCCUUCCUCAGCCAAGGCAUCCCUCCCUUUGUAUUCAGGGACCCCAGUCUCGGGUACCGUCGGUGGGGAAACAACACGCAGAGCAAGGGGAGAGCCCAGGUUUCUUAACGGGAUGCAUGUGGGCAGGGCCGGCAAGACGUCUGCUUGAUAGCCUCCCUUGUUUGUGCUUGCAGGGCGGCAGAAGCUGUCCUUCAAGGCCGAGCGGACUCCAUCCUGGGCUACCACCAGCAGCAUGUGCCCCGGGCCAAGUUGGAUCAGGUAGGAAAAGGAUGGGGCUCAGGUCUUCGGAACUGCUGAGGGCAGAGGUGUCACGGUCCUGUUCGCAGGCGAUCGAAAUCCUGGCAUGGGACAUCAGGACCGGGGGCAAGAUGGCAGGGUGGGAGCAGGAACGGUGGUCCAGAAGCCCAGGAGUCAGGAAGCCAAGAGUCCAAGGGUCAGAGAGCCGGGAGUCAAGAAGCCGAGGGUCAGGAAGCAAGGUAUCACGAAGUCAGGGGGAUCAAGAAGCAGGGAGUCAAGAAGCUAGGGUUCAAGGAUCAGGAAGCAAGAAGCCAAACACAGCAAGGCAGGAAACAUGUUGCUGUGGCAAAGAGCCGAAGGGAAAUGCUGACCUUAUAUCCCUUCCCGGCUCUUGCCACCAGGUGCUGUGAGUCACCUGUUCAGCUGCGCCUUGCCUCUUCAGAACAAACCUAGGAAGGCCCCACUCCUGCAGAGUCCUAUUGGUCACAGGGCCUGGCUCCUGCACGCACACCAGACAAGGGGUUGUCAACCUGGUCCCUACCGCCCACUAGUGGCUGUUUCAGGAUUCUAGGUGGGCGGUAGGGGGUUCUAAGGCACAAGCUGAAUCCUCCUUCCAUCGAGCACUGGUGGGUGGUAAGGAACUUUUACCAUCAAGAAAGAUGCAUUAGUGGGCGGUAGGUAUAAAAUGGUUGACUACCCCUGGCUGAGGGUUUGGGUUGGUGCGGGCCACACCAUUGAAGGUGAAGGUUGGACGUGUGCACCCUGGAACAAGGCACCCACCCACCCCACUGACCCUCCUUCCUUCCUUCCCUGCAGGUGCCCAUCCCAAAGAUACAAGCCACUCCUGAGCCGCUGCCCAUCAACCCGUCUCCUGCCAGCACCCCGCAGUCCCAGCCCGCCGUGCCCCCGAGCAGCCAAGCCCAGGGGCAGCCUCCGGCUUCUGCACCACCACCUCCCCAGCCUCCGGCACCCCCACCGCUGGGUCUUGGCCAAGGACCGCUGCCCACGGCCGGCCCCCUCCCGCAAGAGGGGGCUCCCGAGGAUGCCCGCCGGGACCUGACCCCCAACUCCGUGGGGAACGGCAGCAGCAGCAGCACCGCCCCCAGCAGCACCCAUCCUAACACGCCCACUGCCCCCAGCUCCUUGCCUGCUGGGGCCGCUGAUGGAUUGAUGGGGGAAGGGGCCAAUGCCGGGCCCCCCUCGGCGGGGAACGGGCCCCGCAACGCCCUCAACACGGAGGGCCUCUCCAAGGAGCAGCUGGAGCACCGUGAGCGGUCUCUGCAGACCCUGCGGGACAUUGAGCGCCUGCUCUUGCGCAGCAGCGAGGCCGAGCCUUUCCUCAAAGGGAGCCCCGGGGCUGGCGAGGGGGGCGUCAUGCCUCCCCAGGCCCCUCCCCCGCAGGCCCCCCAGGCCCCACCCCCUGGGGCCCCUGGCUUGAAGAAAUACGAGGAGCCCUUGCAGUCCAUGAUCUCGCAGACUCAGAGCCUGGGGGGCCCCAGCCUGGAGCAGGAGGGCCCUGUUCCCUCCGGAGUGGACAUGGGGCAGCAGAUGAACAUGAUGAUGCAGCGGCUGGGCCAGGACAGCCUGACGCCCGAGCAGGUGGCCUGGCGGAAGCUGCAGGAGGAGUACUACGAGGAAAAGCGGCGCAAGGAGGAGCAGGUGGGCAUGCACGGUGGGCGGCCCCUGCAGGACAUGAUGCUGCCCCAGCCCAUGGGCACCAUGAUGCUGCGGGGGCCUCCGCCACCCUACCACAGCAAGCCCGGCGAGCAGUGGCUGCUGCGGGGCGUGCCCAUGGACAUGCCCGAGCAGAUGCAGCUGCGGCCGUCCUUCGCGGGGCCGCGAUUCCCCGGGAACCAGAUGCAGAGGGGCUUCGGGGGCAUCCCGAACCUGCCCCUCGAGUCGCUGGGCCCCAUGGGCAGCGUGCAGCGCCCCCCGAGGCCCGGCAUGGCCUGGAACGAGGACAUGCCCAUGGCCGGGCCUGGCAACUUCGCCCCCGGGAACCUGCCCUACCUGCCGGGCCAAGGCGAGGCGGAGCGCUUCGUGACGCCGCGGGCUCGCGAGGAGAUGUUGCGGCACCACCUGGAGAAGCGGCAGGGGGCGAUGCAGCGGCCUCUGGGCAUGGAGAUGGAGCGCAUGAUGCAGGCGCACCGGCAGGUGGAGCCGGCCAUGUUUGCUGGGGAGGGGCUGGGCAUGGAGUUUGGGGGCUCGCGGGCCAUGAUGAGCCCGCCGCUGCGGGACAUGGAGCCGGCACUGGGCCCCGGCAACCUCAACAUGAACAUGAACGUCAACAUGAACAUGAACAUGAACUUGAACGUGCAGAUGACGCCUCAGCAGCAGCAGAUGCUGAUGUCGCAGAAGAUGCGCGGCCCCGAGAUGAUGCCCUCCGAGGAAAUGGCUCGGCUGCGUGCCCCCAACGGCACUGCAGCCAUGAUGGGGGGCCCCCCGAAAAUGAUGAUGGGCUCACCGUUCCCCAGUCAGGGGCAGCAGCAGCCGCCACCACCACCACCGCCUCAGCAGCAGCAACAAGGUUUCCCAGGCAUGCAGGGCCCGUACCCUGCUGUGCCACAGGAGAUGAGCAACACCACAGACAUGUUUGGCCCCGAGCAGGGGGGCAUGGGCAGCACCACGCGGCUCAGCCACAUCCCCCUGCCCCCCACCACCAGCGCCCCGUCCACAAACAUGCACCAGGCGCCCGUGAGGGGCCUGGGCCGCCGCCCUUCCGACCUGGCCCUCAACAUGGGGCAGAUGAACUCUCCCAACGUGGGCCGCCUCAAGUCUCCAACGCUCAGCCAAGUUCAUUCCCCGCUGGGCACCUCCCCUUCCGCCAACCUCAAGUCCCCGCAGACGCCCUCCGCCAUGGUCAACCUGCCAGCCGCCAGUGCCACCAGCGCCCCACUCAAGUCCCCGCAGGUUCUCAGCUCCGUGCUCAACGUCCGAUCCCCGACCAGCUCCCCCGGUCACCUCAAGUCCCCGUCCAUGGCCGUCUCUUCUCCAGGGUGGGCGCCCUCGCCGAAAAACGCCCUUUCCAGCCCUGGCAUUGGGCAGAACAAGCCAGCCCUUGGAAUGAGCAACUCUGCACCCCUGGGCAGCAUCGAGCAAGGUAAUGGGCCUGGAUUGUACCCUGAGGGCAGGGACUGCAAAAGGAGCACGUUGCAGUUUUAAAUUGAAAUGCGACUCUCCUGUUCUUUUUUUAAAAAAUUAAAAGAGUAAAGCCUACAUUUAUCUUAAAAUCAGUUGUUCUUAUCAAACAGGAAGUAGGCAUCUUUUUAAAAAUGGAAAUAAAACAGGGCGGGGGGGGGAGUGUCUGCAUUUAGAUGUCAAGCAUUGCAAAUACGGCUCAGUAGAUUAACCGUUAGGGACGCGGGUGGCGCUGUGGGUUAAACCACAGAGCCUAGGACUUACCGAUCAGAAGGUCGGCAGUUCGAAUCCCCAUGACAGGGUGAGCUCCUGUUGUUCGGUCCCAGCUCCUGCCAACCUAGCAGUUCGAAAGCACGUCAAAGUGCAAGUAGAUAAAUAGGUACUGCUCCGGCGGGAAGGUAAGCGGCAUUUCUGUGCACUGCUCUGGUUCACCAGAAGUGGCUUAGUCAUGUUGGCCACAUGACCCAGAAGCUGUAUGCUGGCUCCCUCGGCCAAUAAAGCGAGAUGAGCACCGCAACCCCAGAGUCGGCCACGGCAACUUAAUGGUCAGGGGUUCCCUUUACCUUUACCUAGAUUAACCGUUGUAUUAUUAUUUGCUUGAUGCUGAGGAUCGGCUGCUAACAAGUUAUCAGCAACAUCUGAGUCCAGACACUCUCCUGCUGCCCUGCACGCCAAGCCCAUUCUCUGAGCCCUUCUAUGUGCUCCUGUCGCACUGCUUUAUGCGGUGCUUGCAGUUCUCAGGUUGAUGUGCCAUUCUGCCAACUUUCAAUGAAUAUUUGCUUCCUGUUUCAUAGGAAAACACACAUUAUUGGGAAGAAGGACCAGCCCUUUCUUGUUUCUGGAGAGAGAUGGGCAAUGGGUCUGAAAGCAGGCGGUCUGUUUCUGUAUUCCGAGAGAACCUCCAAAUGGAAAUCCUAUUGAACUAGAAAUACUAUGUAUGCCAGCUUUCUCCAACCUGGUGCUCUCUAGAUGAUUUGAACUGCAACUCCGUCGCAGCCUCUGCUGGUUGGGGUUACUGGGAGUUGUAGUCCAACCUAUCUGGAGAGUUACAGGUAGGUAGCUGUGUUGGUCUGCCAUAGUCGAAACAAAAUAAAAAAAUUCCUUCCAGUAGCACCUUAGAGACCAGCUAAGUUUGUUAUUGGUAUGAGCUUUCGUGUGCUGCCACAUACAUCCGGACAACACCAUUACUGGCCCCAACAACAUCAAACAUACCAUCUCAGGACUAUUUAAUUGCUCAUCUUCUAACAUUGUGUAUGCCAUCAAAUGCCAACAGUGCCCUUCAGCUCUCUAUAUUGAACAAACAGGCCAAACCCUACGCCAAAGGAUAAAUGGACAUAAAUCUGAUAUCGGGAAUCACACGACAGAGAAACCAGUAGGAGAAUACUUCAGUCUCCCAGGACAUUCUACACAAGAUCUCAAAGUAGCUGUCUUAUUACAAAAGAAUUUCAGAAAUAGACUGGAAAGAGAAGUUGCUGAAUUGCAACUUAUUACCAAACUUAAAACCAUGGAGAGACCUGGUCUGAAUGGAGACAUUGGAUUCUUAUCUCAUUAUACGUGAUAUAGCUAUUUUUAGCCGUCACACCCAUUGCUUUUUCCUGUAAGACCAAUUGCAGUCAUUAAUAGUCGUCAACAGGUUUACCACACCUAUCAGCCAAUCACCCAAUUCCCACCAUCCUUCUGAGUAAUACCCCUCCCCACCCUCUCACUAUAUAUAAGGAUCUGGUGACUUCUGUUUCAGUGUAUCUGAAGAAGUGUGCAUACACAUGAAAGCUCAUACCAAUAACAAACUUAAGUUGGUCUCUAAGGUGCUCAUGGAAGGAAUUUUUUUAUUUUGUUUCGACUAUCUGGAGAGCACUAGGUUGUGAAUGUGCAUGAUACAUGUGCAUGUUUUCAUCCUGCAACUAGCAGCCACUUUUAAUCAAAAAUAUACCUGAAGUAUAUUUGGGAAACGGUGGUUUUUAAAAACAUAACCUGAACAUAGUUUUUCAUCAACUCUUUGACCUUUCCCACACCGGUGGGUAGGGUGGGAGUGAAACGCAGUGGAGAUUGUAUCCCUUUGACAACAAAUGCCACCCUCACUCUGGGGCCAAGAUGUGCCACUGUCUUUGGCUGGCGUUGUUGGGGUGGGCAUUUGUUCGUGCGCAAGAGCUGCUCACAAGUAGCGGUUGGAGGCAGAGGCAAAAAAGUAGGCGGAACAAUGGAUCUGAUCCAUACCCUUGGGGCAGUUGGCCACAGAAAAUGUUCAGAGAUUUCUACACCCCUCCAUAGGAACCUUCCUAAUACCCUGUUGGUCCAGUGGCCUAGUAUCAUUCCACACUGACUGGCAGCCGUAGGCCCUUCAAGGUUUCAGACAUAGGUGUUCUUUCCCAGUUCUGCUGGGAAAUGUGGUUCUCUGCCGCAGAACCACAGCCCUUCCACACAAAGAUUUCUCCAUGCGUCCAAGCAAGGGGUGUUGUCCUGGUUCAGGGAUGCUGUGGAGGCUGCUGCCAGCUCUGAAUCUUGGUUCCUAAGCCGCUUGCUAUCUCUCUCAUUACAGGUCCGAUGGCGCCUGGGCCUAGGAGCAGCUCCUCUGCCCCACCUAGCAACCCCUCUGGCCCCCUGAACCCCAACCUGCCUUUUCCUUCCUCUCCAGAUCCACCCCCGUCCCAGAACCCCUUGUCACUCAUGAUGUCCCAGAUGUCCAAGUACGCCAUGCCCAGCUCCACCCCUCUCUACCACAACGCCAUCAAGACCAUCGCCACCUCGGACGAUGAAAUGAUGCCCGACCGGCCGAUGCUUCCGUCGGGUGCCAUGUCUGGUAGGUAUCGGUAUCGUGGGGCCUGCAUCCGGCUGGAUAGGGGAAGGAAUUGGGGCUGCCUGCUGCCACCUCUUCAACCAUGGGGCCUGCAGUGCCUUUUUUGUGGCUGGCAGAGAGAGUCUCUAGCUCCUUCCCCCGGUCUUCCCAGAGAGACCGCAAUCCUGAGAACCCCAAUAGGCAUUUUGUCUAAAUGCAGGUUAAAUGGCACUCGCAGUGGCAACUGGUCUCUUUGCCUUCCUUCGUGAUCUCUGCUGCCAACUGUGCUGGCUAGGAAGGGCUUCUCUAGCCAGAGUAGGGUGAGCCCCUGGCAUCUUCCCUCAGUCAUUUCUGGGGAGAGAAGUGGGGAAUGUGCCUUUCCUCCCCCCACCUAAUAAAUAAUUCUGUCUGGAAAGAGAUUGGGGUGGGGUGGGUCUGCCGUUGCUGAGCACUUGCCUCCACACGCUAGCCCUGCUUCUGUCCUGCCUUUUGGGGGUGCGGGGGGGGGCGUGCUUGGUCCCCAUGGCUUCUUUGCUUCCUGUUGCCUUGCCUGCCACCUAACAGCCCCCCUCUCUCUUUCUUCCUCCAGGCAUGGGUGGGAACCAGCCCAACCAGAUGCACAUGAACUCCGUGGGGCCAGCUCCUGCUCAGAGCCCCAUGGGGAUGAACCUGCCGGGGCAGCAGCCACUCUCGCACGAGCCCUCAAUGUCCUCGCCAAGCCCCCUGGGCGCCAACAUUCCCAUGCACAGCGGUGCGCCCCCCCAGAACCCGAUGAUGCUGCCCCCCAAUGCCCAGGACUCCUUGAACCAGCCCUGCGGCCCUUCCGGACAGCUGAUCUUCCCCCCGCGCCUCCAGCAGCCCCCUGCGAAUGGGGGCAAUAUGCCCAUGGCUCCUGGGGGGGCCGGUGUCCAGCAACACUAUCCGCCAGGCUUGGGACUGCCCCCGGAGGAGCUGCCCCCACCACAGCCGGGGCAAAUGCCGCCGCAACAGCAGCAGCGCAUGGCCGGGAGGAUGCCGCCGGAGCCCUACCCAUCGGUGCUUCCUGGUGUGGCUUCGGUGCUCAACGACCCGGAGCUGAGCGACGUGAUCCGCCCCACGCCCACCGGCAUCCCCGAAUUCGACUUGUCGCGCAUCAUCCCGUCCGAGAAGCCCAGCAGCACGCUGCAGUACUUCCCCAAGGGCGAGGGGCCGGGGCCCAAGCCGCAGCCGCCCUCCAACCUGCACCUCAUGAACUUGCAGAACAUGAUGGCAGAGCAGGCCCCGGCCCGGCCCGGCCCUCCGGGCAUGCAGCGUGGGAUGGCCAUGUGCCACCCGGGACAGGUGCCCCCCGUGCUGGGCAGGACAGGCCUGGCGCCCCAGCAAGCCAUGAUGAGCAACAGCAUGCACCAGGGCAUGAUGUUGCCCCAGCAGCAGAACCUCCUCGCCCAGCAGAACUUCCUGCUCAUGCAGGCCAAGCAGCGCAGCAUGUCCGUCUCGGGGGAGAUGUAUGCGCAGCCGGGUCACAUGAUCUCCCCGCAAGGCUCGCUCAUGGGCCCCCCACCCCAGCAGAACCUCAUGGUCUCACACCCCAUGCGGCAGCGCAGCGUCUCCCUGGACGGUCAGAUGAGCUACGGCCCAGGAGCGGGCGGCAUGGCCAACCUGCCCUUCUGA